ACAGACCACAAACUCAGCUCUGGGUGGACAUUUUUUACAGUGCAGCCACAGCCACCAAAUCCAGCGGAGCGCAGCGGUGCAGCAGGACUCCUGUCUGCCUGCUCGGGCUGCUCACAGCCGGCCAGACAUCACAUCUCAUCAUCCAGCCCAGCCGGUGGUGGUGGUGGUGGUGACACGGCUUUCUCCCCACGCUGAAGCCGGUUAUGUGUGAAUAACAUUUUCCUGCUUAUAGUGACGGAGAGGGCGUAACCGCUGUCAGAGAGAGAGAGAGAGAGAGAGAGCUGGGCAGGACACAGCGAGGAGUGGGAGGGAUUUUUUUGUGUGUUUUUUCGCUGGUCUGAAUUGCAGGAAGAAAACAGCGAGCAGCCACGCCGCCCACUAAACAAGGCGAAGCGCGCGUCAACAAUUUCGCAACCAGCUCUAACCAACAACACCGCCGCUGCUGCUGUGACCCGAUUAAAUCCACGGAGGAGCCGGAGGAGAGCAGACACGCACAGACACAGACAGGACGGCUGCUACACGGGAAGUAACAAAAGGUAAGCUGCAGAUCAGCCUCUUUGUCUUAAAAUGAGUGAUUAUUGAAGGGAGUCUGGCUGGAGGGCUGCGGAGUGUGCAGGAAACGCUGCAAAGUUGUGUCUGAGAUGUGGAUUGCUUUGUUUUGUCGUGGAAGGUGAGGCAGCAUCUGUCUUUUGGGGGGUUUGUUUCAGGAGGUUUGCAUUUGCACAGCCUCUUAACCUUUAAUUUAGGAGCAACAACUGGAAUUGGGACAAUUUCAGCCUCAUUUCACUGAUAUUUCCAGCUGUUUGGAGGUUUAAUGAAGUUGAAACCUAUUAUUUCUCACCUACUUAUUGCCUCACAGACAAUAUUUCUUUGCCUUAUCUGAUCAUGUGCUAUAUUGGCUGACUCCCUAUCAGACCUCCUUUGUGUUAUCUUAAUUCCUGCAGCCUUGCUAAACAGCUUACAGUGGGGGGUUCCUGCCUGCUGCUCUAAUGUCAUUGUCACCCGUUGUUACAUUGAAAAUAAAUGUGCUGAAAAUGCCAGAAAAGACAGCAUCUGCAUUUUUAUGAUGAAAAACAAGUUCCUUUGUGCGUCAGUGCCACUUUAAGUGCACUUUCCUGCUACCUCCUUCCAUUAUCCUCUAAUUGUGUUUUGUAAAAAGCUGGGAUCUUUUACCUUAAACCACUCUGAGUGAAAAUUCAAGGCUGUAAUGCAAUGCUAGGUGUGUUUUUUUACUCUCUGCGGUGUCCUUUUAUAUGCAAAGUUGGUGGCAGUCUGUGAAAUGCAAAAAUGGGUCAAAUAAAGAGGAUUUGUGCAGGAAAAUUGGCUUUUUUUGAUUAAACUUUAAAUCCAAAGUUUGGUGGAUGGCGCAUAUUUCAUCUCUGAUUUGCAUUCAGGUCUUUUCCCUUCCUCAUGAAUUUGACAAACCCCCAUAAUCCCCCUGCUUUUUUUUUAUUUAUUUAAAAGCCUGAAUUACUGCGACUGGUCUUCAUCCAACAUUAAAGAUGUGUCAACUCUUCCUUAAAUCUCAGAUAACUACAUGGCCUGUAGGAUUUCCGUGUUCGAGCGAGUCUGUGUCAGUUUGAUUUCUUCUUCUGCCAGCGGUAAACCUUUACGGCUCUGUGAGCGAUUUCCUACUGUCUGUAAAAUCACUCUGCUGUUCAGGCAGGUUAUUUCUGGGUAUUGUCUGUACAGCUCUAUAGAUCGCAACUUAUCUCUCAUUGUCUGCUACGUUGCUUGUAAAAUCUCACUGCAGCAGCCUGAAGCAUGGUGCCUACUGUAGAUUUAUCUACGGGGGAUAACAAUGCAAGCGUGUCCAGAUUUAUCCCUCAGAUAUUGGCUGUUUUCAGUUCUUCUGGUCUGUUUUGUUAUUGACUGAAAAGCUUUGGGCUUUGGUGUGUUGUGUUUGGACAAAACAAGGAAUUUGAAGAUUGUGAUUGUGGUCAGACAAACCUGCUCAGGAGGUCUCAAGGCUGAGAGGGUUGCAACAUGGUCUUUGUUUUUCUCCACUUUAUUUUUGCAUGAUCGUGUCUUGCUGCUGAGAAACAUCGGACUCCUUUUGGCUUCAAAUUUGUGGUUUUUCCUCGAACACAAACAUGAGGAAUUUACAAAGUACAGGCACAAAAUGAAACCUUAAGAGUAAAACACUGGACUGGAAGAGUUUGUCACUAGAGGAUAGGGAUGGGCGAUAAAUUAUCAUUCACGAUCUAUCGCCUGAAAAAUCCUCCUUGAUAAAUAUUUGCCAUCUGAUGAUAAAUAUCAUAAAUGCAAGUUGAUGACAUAAGCGUGAGCCGUAGCCCUCACAGAGAAGAAUAACAAACAAACAUGGCCGAAGGUUAUGAAGAAGACGUUUCUAAGCAACCCGGCACUGAACGAGGCUCCGCACUCGCAUUUUCCUUCAAGAUUGGGGUUUAGACGAGUGCAAUCAGGUAUGCCUGACAUUGGAUCGUGGAUCUGCUGCUCUUCACUCUGUGCAGUAAGAGUUUUAAACUAAUGUUGAAAAUGUUUUCACAUUGAGACUUGUUUGAUGUCAUUAGUUUUCUCCAUAACCUACCAAUUAAACUUGUGGUUAAGUAUCUUAUUUGACUACUCCAACUGGUGUUCUCAAGACAAAACGAGUCAAAAAUAUAGAUUGGAAUUAUAUUUUUGAUCAGGACUUUUAUCGUGAUCGCCAGAAUGGCAAAUCUUAUCGUGAUGAAGUUUUUUUCAGCCCAUAUCGCCCAUCCCUACUUGAGGAUUUCAGAGCUUACUGGUGAAAGGGUUACAUUCACUGGGAGCAUGAUUUGUGGGAUUUGAAGUCUUCCGUUUUGUAUCUUUUGCGAGCGUGUUGGACAUCAGAGUGGACAAAAUCGUCCCUCAGCUGGUUCUGUUUACGUGCACAGGAAGAUGACUCACUGUUGUCAUUGGUAGUGGACAUGUUUGGGCUGAGGCAUUGCUUUUCACUCAAUGAAAUGUGCGACAUGUUCAUGUUUACAGUCUGAUAUGCCUUUUAUUGUGAUACUGCCACCAUGUGGAGAUGCAGAUAUCAACCUUUUUCCCUAAAAACCUGCUUAGUAAGCAGCCUAAUGAGCAGUCCACCUAUUUAGAGGUGACUGGCCCAUUCAGAGGGGAUUAUUAGGAGGGCUGAGAGGGGUUGGUGUAAACUGAAGAUAAUCCAUUCAGCAGGAAACUAUUAGAUCCUAAUAACCAGAUUAACACUUAAUCUGAUUAUUUCAUCUGGGUGUUUUUUUAGAUAUGUUUAUUCUGACAUGUUUAUUUCAUUAGAUAAGCAGAGAGUUUCGUGGACUUUGGCUCAGUCAACUUUCACUUUAACUGUGGCAUAUUUCUUUUUGGACAUGCUGUAUAAACUCUGGUGUUGUUGUUGUUGCCUCAAAUCAACAAGUUGGUCCGUUGUAACUCAGUUUAACCCAGUCAGGUACCAACCUUGGCCAGUUAUUAGGGCUGGUAUUGGUAAUUCCUAAUUUUCUGUAUUGGCCUUUUAUUUUACAGAUGGCGGAUAUUACUAGCUGAUUAAAAAGUGGCUGAGAUCGUUGGCGGUUGAUUUUCGUUUGCAUGUAUAUGACUCAAUUAAACUCAAACUGGCCUCAGUGACUGGGCUGCUCUAAUGGUUCACAUUUCUGAUACUGUUUAAUAGCAUGAAUAUGUCUCAAAACCUUGACAGAAGAAAUGAAAGAGGCUUAAAAGAAAAAGAUGUUGUAACGUGUGUGUCGAUUGUUUUGGUUCAUGAGCUAAAAGUCAACCAAUCCAAUCAUGAUGAGCUAAACAAAAAGGUAUCGCCACCUAGUGUAGCGGAGGUGGACAUUCUUUUAUCAGUGAAUCGAUCCUUACCCAGUGCGCCAUGGAAACAAGCAGAGAAAGAACCAUUAGCAUGAAUCACAGGGGUCUAACAAAAGCUGUUUGUCUGCAGAGAAACUGUCAUUUCUGCCUGAUUAUGACCGUUUUUAUUCAGACUAACAUAACAUUACUGCUCUGGGAACCUAAUGUUGAUUUUGCAUGUUUUUGUAGUGUAGUAACUCAGCAGGGACCAAAUUGGUGACUCAUGAGGGGAGGAUGUGGGAACAAGAACAAAGUGCUCCACAUGUUACAGGAACAACAACAACAACAACAACAGCAACAGCAAGGACAAAGAGGACAAACAGUUCACUUAAAUUGAAGAGUCGCUCCAGGAAAAUGAGUUUUACUUCUGUUAAUAAGAAAAACCAAUAAAACAUAAAAAGGAGCUGGAUCGUAACUGUAAAACCUCCCAUUCUUGGAAGGAGAAAACCGCUUUAGUGCGAAUCGCUGGAUAAAUAACACAAAAUGACUCCUUUCAUUAUUGACUGACUGUGAUUUAAAAGCUGCUGAGACAUUGUGGUGUUUCUUCUCUGAGAAAUGUAGAGCAGUGUGAGUUCAGGUCCAGCGCUGCAAAGAAAACAGUUAUCUGAGUUAUUCAAACGCAUCAGUGAGUUUAAUUUGCUCGAGUUGUCGGAUCAAGAGAAGGAACUUCACUAGUGCAGAAUUGCGGAGCACUUUCAUUCGUAUGAGGGUAACUCACAGAGGUAUUCAGUCGGGUCAUGAAUGCCUGUAGAAAUGUGUGAAGUCCAAGGACGAGCCUCUGCAACAAACUGAAUGAAGAUUGAAGGCUGGAUGCAGAUUAAAUUCUCCUUUAUGAAGAUAUUUUGGACUUCCAGCUGCUUAAAUAUGCUCAGAUUCCCUCAAAUCCACCAAAAUGAAGAGAUUAGAAAGAAAAAGGCUCCAGAGUUUCUCUUUGCACAUGUUUUUUAAAAGUAACCCCUCUUCAUUAGUGUUUCUCUGAAGCUCCUGGGCUGUGAGCUGAGCUGCCAGCCGCCACAUUAACUUCAUUUGGCCACGGCUUAUCCUCUUUCACAUGGUUUCAACACCGAGCUGAACUAUUUCAAGAGUUGUCUUCCUCUUCAAAACAAAAGACUCCUGUUGUUCAAACCUCCAAAACGCCAAAAGCAACAGUUUUGCAAGAGCUGCGAGCUGAGCUGCUGACGAAAAUUCCUGUUGAUGGCAAAAUGGAAAGGAGGGUUUUUGGAAAAGCUGACUUGAUUAUCUCAACUCAUGCAUGACGUUAUCUGUCUAACCCCCAAUUUUCACCGCAUCAGGAACGGCGACGAUUUUCUCCGUAUACUACUUCCUGAGGGGGCGAGUUUCGUGGCGGAUUACAGGCAGCAGGAAUCGUGAAAAAACACAAGAGCCCGCAGAUUCACGUGUAAUUGCUGGACUAAAUGCUGUCUAUAAACCUUUCGCUUGUCUGUCUCCGCCCGUUUGCAUGGUGUGUGGAGUGUUUUAUUUUGAAAAGAAGACGGAUGUUUUAUUUUGAGUCUGUGCCGACUUCCUUUCCAGCACAGGUCCGGAAACAAUAGAACUCUUGCAAGAAGCCGUUGGAAUUUGACACAUCAACUUGAAAGAUUACGAUCAGCUACUAUUGGCGGAUAUGGCCUUUUCGUAGCCAUUCCGGAUGCAAAUUUGAGAUAAAAGUGUUGUGCAUGAGCUAAGAUGUUUGUCUUUGGUGUUUCACAUGCUGCACAUUAUCGCCAUCUACUGGUGUGUCAUGCUUUUGCAGAUGUCUUAAACCAUUUUUAUUGAAAUACAAAAUAAGAAAGCAGUUGAUCAGAAAUUUGCACAUGCUGAUGAUUGCAGACUUGCUCGCUAUCGUUUAGUUUUCACUCCAUAUGAAGCUAAAAUGUCCACAGUUGAUCCCCCAUUGAGAUUUUUCCGCACCCGUUCAGGGUCACUUGUCACCGAGGGCCGUUCAUGCCACAUUGUACAAUUAUGUUAAUGAUCGUUAUGUUCUUUCAUCGUCUGUUUGUCUUCUGGCGUGACAGUCCCUCGCCGAUUCCCCCAGUUUGAUGUGGGGGAAGCUGACUGACUGGCACACAGCUCCGACCUCCAGCCCAGUCUCUGGGAUAAAAUGUUAGGCCAAAAAUGGAGCCAGACCUUAUCACCGAACAUCAGCGUUUGACCUCUACAAGGCCCUGACUGCAUACAAUCUGGUUAAAAGCUCAGAAUAGGAACCAAAGAGGCCAUUAGCGGCACGUUGAUAAGCAUUUUCUGGGAAUGGAUGGAGAAUAGUUUGAUAAAGUCAAGAUAAUGAUAAACAUACCUUCAGUCGCAGUCUCAUUCUCCACCUCAGCUUGUGUUUUCAAACAACUGUACAUCACUUUUAUGCAGAUUUAUGAGGAACACCUCAUUAUGCAGAUGUCACGAAUUCAGCUGUUGCUGCCUGUGCGGCUAAGUCUCUCGGGUGAUACGUCGCCUUAUAUCACCUACACUUACCAAUAUUUACUCGGCUUUAUCUAACAGCUGCCUCACGCCUUGUGGGAGCAGUCAGGGGGAAUGAAGGUAAACACAGCUUCUGAGUUUGCCAAGGCGCCGAGCUUUUAGACACGUUCGAAGCUUUGAAUUUGUCCUCAAGAGCGUAACUUGUCCUGGCAUCUUAUUCCAGCCCUUUUUUUUUAGUCUCACUUACUUUGAAGGGAUGUGAGAGAUUUGAAAUGCGAUGCCAAGAGUGCGGUUCCAAAAAGGUUGCAGCUUUUAUUCUGUGUCAAAUUGAAAAAGGCAGCUUGUUUUUUUUAAAUCCCUCGCAGGUUUCAGAUUAUCCUUUGAAUUCUGUGACUGAGAAAACCUCGGCUUUGUAAUUUUGGUGAUUUGUACGGUGUGCAAAAAGUUCAAUGGUUUGGUUUUAAGCUCUUCUGAUGGAGAUAUUUUUCAGGUUUAGCGGUUAUUCGUAAUUGUGCAAGAAAGUAUUUGAGAGGUUCAGGAGUCGUUUCUGCACUUAGAGCUGUAAAAGCUGAACCCUGCUCCUCAUGAGUGAUUCGGAUUUCUGAUUUUUUAAGUGCUUGCAUGAUUUUUUAUCUACUCUCUUCAUUGCUUUGUUACAGCCUUAAACUCCACAGGAAGUUGGACACAGAUGCAACAGCCCUCCUGAAUUUAAUCAACCAAUCAAGCGCCAGUUAAACUAACAAGACAAGAUGUUCAUUAACAAGAUCAAUGGUUUCUUGUUCGCCUCAAAUUGAAUGUGUCGAGCUGAUGUUGAUGUCAGCUGAUUGAGGAUCCUCAGCCUGGAGGAUUUUAUGAUAUUCUCCAUCAACAGAUACGUUUCACCCUCCGCUCGUCGUUCCCAUCACCCCUUCAGGGACCUUCAGUCCGGCUCCGCGCGCCCUCCAUAUAUCAUUUCCCACUUUAUUCCCUUUCCCAUUUCCAAAUCUGCUCCUCCGCUGUCUUCUUCAUUAAUUUCUCCUCUCCCACGACACCGGUGGGUCCGCAUCCACCUUACCCUCUGCUUCAUUUGCAUUUCGGCUCCACACGGCUGCUCAAGUGUUUUCUGGGAGUCAGGUGGCUAAUUGGUUCCCAUCUGCUGGGAGAAAGCGGCCUUUAUGGGAUCUUGGGUAAUUUGUGUCGGGAGUUUUACGGUAUUGAUUUAGUUUUUUUACCUUUACAGACUUUCUCAGGCUGUUGAUGCAGACGGUGUUUUUCAGAUUCUGCCCUCCCUCGUGAAAAUGAGGCUCAAACUUCUCUGGGGAUUUUUUUCACUGGAGGAAAAACUUUAUGCUAGCAAAGAAUAAACAGAUGGUUCCCUUCCUAUAUUUCAGGUGAAGUAGGCAAUUGCAAAGUUUUCCGAAAGAAAUACUGCAAAAAUCUUAAAUCAUGUCAAAUUAAAAAAAAAAAAUCUUACGUCUAGUAGAAAAGUGCUGUAUAGAGCUUAAUUUAAACCUCCUUCGCCUGACAAAUCCAGAAAAUUACCCAUUUCAAGGUAUGACAUGUCCAACAUAAAGCCAUUAAAUUUCUAAUAUUGUAAAUCAAAGACAAUUUCUUGAAUAAGAAAAUGACAAAAAUUAGAUUUUUUUUUUAACUCAAGCAAUUUUAUCCGUAUUGAUGUGGUGAAAUCACCUUAAAUAUGCCUGGUAUGAAUCAAGACUUUUAAUAAUUUUUUUUAUACAGGAUAUUAGAUUAAAAAAACAAAACAACUAAUCUUAUGUCUAGUGCAAAAAGUGCCGCAUAGAGCUUAAUUUAAACCUCCUUUGCCUGACAAAUCCAGAAAAUUACCCAUUUCAUUUAAAUUUCUUAUAUUUAAGAUCAGACUUAAUUUCUUUAAUUAAAACAAUGACACAAACAAAAGCUGGAAAAAUACAUAAUUUUUUAACUCAAGCAAUUUCACUUUUAUUUUUGUUGUGAAAUCACCUUAAGUUGGACAAUUGCCCGGAUUUGUCAGGUAUAAAUCAAGACUGACAAGACUUCUUUAUAAUGUUUUUAUACAUGAUAUGAGAUUUAAAAAAAAACAAAAAAACAAAUCUUAUGUCUAGUAAAAAAUGUGCUGUAUAGAGCUUUUUUUAAACCUUGUUCACCUGACAAAUCCAGAAAAUUACCCAUUUCAAGGUACUACAUGCCCAACUUAAGACAAUAAAAUUUCUAAUAUUUUUAAUAUUUUUAAAUCAAAGUUUAUUUCUUUAAUAAGAAAAUGACAAAACUGGGGGGAAAAAUUUAAGUCAAGCAAUUUCAUUUUUAUUUUUGUUAUGAAAUCGCCUUAAAUUUGACAAUUUCCUGGAUUUGUCAGGCAUAAACCAAGACUUAAUUUUUUUAUACAUAAUAUGAGACAAUAAAUAAAUAAAACUAAAAUUUGUGUUUUUUAUUCUGUGUGCCUUAUUGAGUUUUUCGGCUGUUUUAGAAAGUCUCUCGGUCUCCCUCAGUUUCUCUCCACUGUUCCUCUAAUUGUAACAGUAGCUGCAGUCAGAGCUUUAUUUAUUCUUCCCUGUACAUACAGCCUUGGGGCAGCGCUCAGUGCCUGUUGAGGUAAACAUGCUGUUAUCUAAAGGUAAGAACAUGGACAAAACUGCAUGAUGGGAACAUUUUCUUCCUCCUGUACAUUUUAACCACUGUUGUGUUUUUUUGUUAAUGUUCUCGUGGUAAAGAAACAGUCUGAACUUCCUGCUGCUUAAUCUGAGGUUUUAAUCUGCAGCAUGUGUUUGGGUUAUGUAGAGGAGAUAAGCGUUUAAGGAGGAAGUGGCGAAUUCUACCAGCAGCCAAAACAGGAAGUUACAGGAAACAGAGAGAGAAGCGUGAGACCCCCCAAAACCACAGAGUCUUUCUACAUCUAUUCUACCUGAAAUAAACAAUAAUCAGCAGAGCGCUGCGUCGGACCAGGACUAAGAGACUGUUGUGUCUCCUUCAGGACUUUAACCGCCGCUAUUUCACUCACAGUCUCAACUCAGAGAGAAGACGGCGUUCAGGCUCUGAGGAGAGUAGACUGAUUUUGUAAUUCCUACAUAAACUUAAUUCUGAGUGAUAACGCUUCCUGGUAUUUGGGUGUUUUAAAAAUGCGAAUAACCACAUUUUCUUUUAUGAAAUAGUUUCUUAUAUUUCACUAUGAGAUAAAGCAUCAGUACAUCUAAUGUCCAACAUCGCUAUUGUCUUAUUUUUGCUCAGAUUUACCUCACACUGUGAGGUUGACGUUAAUUUGAAGUAGUGUUGGGCGGUAUGACGAUAUACACCAUGUGACGGUAUAAAAGUGUCUACCAGUAGAAAUUUUGCUCUACCGUUUAUACCGGAGAGAGAGAGCAGACGUCUGCUGCGUCUCUCUGAGUCAGUGUGUAGUUGUCUGUGCUCGCUAACAGGAAAGCCGGAGUGUGUCCGUUUGGGUGCGUUUCCGUAUUCACCAGCGCGUUGUGCAGAGUUUGUUCGCUCCAUUUGAUUGGUCAGGUUUGGGUGCCGGCGUGUCCAGCAGAUUGCUUGGCAUAACCUCGACGAAGAAGAAACAGCGUCAUUGGUGUUGGUCAUGGCGGACGUGGAGAUUAGCGGCAGUACCGAACAAACGGAGGCAGCCCGACCCACCCAACAUGAGGAAGAGGAGGAGGAACUUGUUCAGAAAAAGGGCGCAAGUCACGACAUCGGUUUUCUGGAGAUUCUUUGGAUUUAGAAAAUCUAACAAUGACCAAAAAACAAAACUAUGCAAUGAGUGUCGUGUGGCUGUCGUUGGAGGAGGAGGAAACACCAGCAACCUCUUCUACCACCUAAAGAUGAAACACGCCAAACUCUAUUAUUAGAGCCACAAGAUGCGUGACGCACCUGCUGCACAAAGAAAUAAAGUUGCAGCGGCUCCUCUGAUACAAAAGAGCUUGACAGAGUCUUUCGCCAAAGGUACGCCAUAUGAGAAAAAAGGUUUUCUGACGUUUUGUUUGCAUUUGUUUACAAUUCUGAGUUUAAAAAUAAAAGGAAAAUGAACAAAUGCGACAGUAUGAUUAUUUUUAAGCUAUUAAUUGAAUUUACACGAGGAAAAAAACGCCCAACACUCAUUUGAUGUAAACUUCGCAUAACUUUCAUGAAAAGCAGGUGUUUCGUGGGUUUUGUAUUUCUUGAAAAUGUUUUUUUUUAGAUGAUAAAACAUGAAAAACACUUCAGUAAAUGUCUGUUUUUUAAAGGUGUAACUUGAAUGAUUUCAGUCUGUCAUGGAUUUACAUGAAACACAAAAGAUCGGUUACCGUAUGAUUUCCUAUGCAGCCUUCACCUGUCCUUCUCUUCCUCCUCCUCCUCAUCAUCCUCAUGCCUCACCUGUGAAUUUUUACCCAUAAUUCCCUCUCAUGUGAUCCCGCCUCAGAGACCUGUAGAUGAUUGAUCAAUUUCCUUUUCUUUUCAAGAGCUUCCUGACAGUUGACGGGGCGCCGGCGUUGACCUUCUGUAAUGAGUUUAGGUCUGUGCGUGUGCCGGCGGGGGUUCCUCCUCAGCGGGAGGAGAGGCUGAAUCAACUGACAGGCUGAAACACACGCCUGCGUCGCUCGGCUAAAUUCAAUUUGCCGCAAUGAUAAAAAAGGAAGUCUGAGAUUUGAGCCGAGGAUGAGGUUUUAAGUGGCAAUUGAAGGAAGAUGAUACAAGUAUCUCGCCGUGUUGUUGGACCUCCAAGGUUAUCCUCCAAAUUGAGACUCUUGAGAGGAUUAGAAAGCGCAUUAUUUAAUGUUUACCACUUUAAAGUUUCCUGAUAUCAACGUUUUGAUUGUCUGCGGGAGGUUUUAAAGCUGAUACCUCCGUGUUCCUCCUUCCUGCUGCCUGGCACCUCAUUUGUUUGGACGCUCUAUCUCAAAUGAAGCUUGUAUUCAUUCAUACAGGCGUAUUUAAACCUCGCCUGACUCUAUCAUCCAUCCUUAACGACAGGAUUUAAUGCUUUUGGUUUGCAAAGCCACGAACCGGUGGCUUCUGGCUCCAGGAUUCCUGAAAAGGACUCUGUUUGAAUCAAUCACGCUCUUUGUGGCGCUCCUGUUGUUUUGCAGUUGUCUCCUCUGAUGAUAGAUGUUGGUAUUUUCGUAAACGGUGAUGAAUAGCGACGGCGAACGCGUUUUGUGUUGUCAGAGGAGAUAAUUUACCGUGCCUUUAAACAUCCAUUAAAUUGACCUAAAAGACGAAAACACUUGGAUAUGCAGACGCCACGUGACGCAGACAAAACAGAGGCUGGAUGAAAAGUGUAGACUCUGCAGUUUCGCCUUAAAACAUGUGCUGUGAUGUACAUUAAACGCUGCCACAGAGGCAGAAAGUUCAGCCGGCCAAGUCUGUUGAAACUGGUCCAAAAGAGGAGUCGUGUUAGCAGAUUAACCUGCCAUCAUUCACAGGUCAAAGGCGGAUCACUUUAAUGCACCAUUCAGCUUUUUUUUGUUGAAAAAAUCUGCAAAAUCCACAAAUAAUGAAGUGUGGCGUUAAUAAAACAUGCAGAGAGCGAGUGAAAGUAAGUCACAGGAACGAGGAUUGUACUCAUUAUGCUGAAAUGGUUUGAUAAAUGCAGUAGUAGUAGAAGUAGUUGCUGUUUAAUCAGUCAUGACAACACCAAAUAUUGAACACAAUAUUGACAUUUUACACUAAAUCACCGAAUCACUAAAUCAAGAAUCACGUGUUAAAAUAUUGACUGAAAAGGCAGAAGCAGAGUAAACUAACUAACUAACUAACUAACUAACUAACUAACUAACUAACAAACUAACAAACUAACAGAGUGCUUAUCAAAGCUGAUACUGUAUUGUCAACUUUUUAGUCGACCGACCUCCAGAGAAGCAAAGAAACCACAACAACAGAUAAUUAAUCGAACUUAUAAACUUCAAAAAAAGCUUUACAAACCAUUUUCUUAAAAACCAAAAAAGAAUGACGUUUUUAGACUCAUGUUGGCAUCAUUCCUGAAUUUAACUAGUAAUGGAGACACAUCUCCUUUUCAUUUUAGCUUUAGUACAGUCAAUCUGGAAGCACCUCUGAGAUUAUACAGACUGUCCUGGAUUGAAAAGAACCUCCGUACUGAGUCAGCGAGCAUUUUUGAUUUUGCUCUGAACAUAAUUUGCUUUAUUUUAUCAUAAAAUUUCAUAACAUGAGAAUUUAGAAAAACAGUCUGUGUGAUCAUAAUAAUCAGUCUUAUUGAUAACACAUAUAGCUCAUUUUUUCAGUUUUAUUAUUAAAUUUAUAGUGGUUUUAAAGGUGGGUCCCCACAGUUCCACACAGUAAGAUAUACAGGGAACAAUCAAUAAGUUGUAGAUCAAAUUCAAGGCCUUGGAAUUCAAUACUUUUCUUGACUUGUACAGUGUUGAAACAAACUGUUGAUAAAAAGAUCCUUGUUUGUUUCAGAAAGUGCAAAGUGACUCUCUGAGCUUGUUUGUACAAAUAGGAAUAGGUAUUGUUAUAAAUAAAGUCACAUAGCAAACAAAUGUGUAAAUGAGUUUUAUAUAAAAGCGCCAGUCUGCAUGCAUCAAACCAGAGUCUAAACAUGUUAUAUUAAAUCUUAUAAUCAGAUAAGGAAAUGCAAGAGUAAAUUUCCUGCCUCCCCUCUGCUGAAAGCGAGCCUUCUUCCUGGUUUGUUUUGUUCCUUCACUGCGGUUUAAACACUGAAACGGAAAUAGUUUGAUGUGCAAUUACAUGAAACAAACAGAGGAAAGGCUCCGGCGUGUAUUGCAUGAGUGAGCAAUUACGUAAAAGAGACCUUGCUGCAGGCCUCUUGAAAUCAGUGUGGUCUGCGGACGUGCCAGCUGCAUGAAGCGACGGCUGAUUACAUCAUUGUGCGCCGUUGAAAACGCAGCUGCGAAGGGAAACAACACCGCAGACAAAAGGGGAUAAUUUUGACCCUUUAUCAUGAAUGUGCUCAGAUCAGCAAGACAGCAAAGAUUAUCAGAGUGUCUUUAUCGCUGGAGCGCUCCGUGUUUUUAUGCAGCAGCUCUCAACGGUUCAGAUCCACGUGUGGUAAAUGUGCACCUCAGUGGGUGUGGAUGUUUUGUGCACAUGUGCAGACAAGUGUUUCAGCCUCCGGGAUGAAGGUCUCUGCUCCUCCGGGACACCCACAGUCUGGUGUCAGACACACGUCAUUGCACACUCCUGCGAGGUGCCAUCACACCUCACUACCCCGGGUUUUAUGAUGUGUUUUAGCGCUCCGUCUAUACACCUGAAAAUCCAUCCAGCUCUGUCACAGAGACUCUGAACGCUCAUGUGUGGAUGGAUGGAUCUGUAAAAUGCAAAUGAAGCAGAAAUGGAGCCUGUGUCUGUGUUUGUGGUGUGAUAUCACGUCAUCUGCUCUGUGUUUUUCUGACCCUGUGUAAAGUCUGACCUUGAUAGCAUUUCAAGCAAUCAGCGUUUCAUAGAACGAUGAAGUUGUAGCAUGGCAGUGACUUACAGUGAGUUGUUGAUUUUACGGUUUAAAAACCUACAGGUCUGCAGAGGCGUUCAACAUCUGAGGUGUGGAUGUGCACUGAAACCCCGCUCUUUGGCCAACAGUUCCCCAGUUAAAAUGCUCGGCGGUCUUGUCUUUCAAAAACUAGAAAAACACCAACAGUGGAUUUAACAUGGCUCACUAUGAACUUAAUGUACUUUAUAUGUAGAUCCGCUCAGGCCAGUAGGUGGUGUUAUGAUUAUGACUGUGAACAAAGUGAGUAGUUUGAUGUUGAUUUGGUCUGUAAUCAAACCUGUGAUACAUGUCGGGUAUUAUGUGUGAUAGUUUGUAGAGGCACAGCUAUCGAAUAUUUUAGUCAUCGAGAAUUCUACUGAAUAUUCUACCGAUUACUCGAGUAAUUGGACCCAAACGGCAGACUCACAUAAAGUUAGAUUUCCUGUAGCCCCGCAAUGAAGGCCAGACUCGGAGAAAUGGAGGACAAUCGCGGAACAAGCGUGUGCGUUAGCGGAUUGCAAUGCUCGUAAGAAAGCUAAUUAUGAUACUGACUUUAAUCAUGUCCCUGAAGACAUUAGUGUCCGAGAGCUGAAUAACUCCUAUGUUACCUGCUUCUGCUACUACACCAGGAAUGUUAGGCUACAAGCUAACGUGAAGAGAAGAGUGCAGAGUCUCUAGGUCGGCAACACUCCAAGAAAAGCCCGUCUCAUCAUUUAUUUUUCACUCCGCAAAACCUAAACGGUGCUUACUCCUCCUUCUACCGUGGUGACGUGAGCGCAUUGUGUCACCUUCAAAAGAAUCUGUGCAAAACAGUGAAGAUUUGAGCUUAUAAACAAGAACUCGAGGCAAAAUUCCUCGAUCAUUAUUUGUAAUCGAGGUAUUUGAGGAAUCGUUUCAGCCCUAAUAGUUUGUUUAAUGUCCUCCCAUAGCAUGACUUUAUGACGAUACUGUAGUUGAAGAAAAAGAGUAUAGAUGUGUUUAGGGGCGGACCUUUAUCAUGUCUACGAAAUCCGGAGUAGAUUGAAGAUCUACUACACCUGUCUUUUUAAAAAGAUGUGAAUUUUCACAGCAUCUAUAACACAGUGACCCAAAUUUGGAGUUGAUUUGAUGAAACCUGAUAUGCGCUUAUAUCCCCAAAUUUGCAGACUCUCUGUCAGGAUGUCACCACAAGGAUAUGAGACUUUUUCACAUGUGCCUACCAUUGUUCCUACACGCAGAUUGUAAGUUGAAGAUUUCUUUUGGGGCAUUAUGGAGCAAUCUAUAAAAUAUCAAAAAAUUUUGUAGAGCCUGGAUCGUCAGCAAAAUUUUGGACCAUGUCCCUGCCACGAAACGUGUGAUUUGCUUGGAUGCAAAAGAAAGAAAUUAAAGACAAUUGAACAAAAUGUGUUUGUUUCCAACAGGGUUUUUAGAUCAUUUGGUAUUUUUUAAUGAUACUCGUGUCUAGUCGUGAGGAUUUCAGUCACCAUUGUGCUUAUUUUGCAAGUCAAGUCCACUUUAAGCGAGUUCUACCUGCUGCUUUUUGUCUCUGAACUUUAUCACAUUUGGUGAAAGUCCUCAUGCAAUUAACCCUUUACUGAUCUCUCACUGUUGUUAAGUUUUAACCUCCUUUUAAUCAUUAACCAGCGUUCAUAAACAGUUUCCUAAUGCAGAAAAUCCCUCAGAGUGAACUUUGCAUGAUUUUUUUUCUGUUUUUCAUGUAGGAAAAUUCUUGGAUAUUGACACAAUAAUUGAUGUCUGCAGUGUUUAUAAAAUAUUUAGAGAACUGAUGCUGGGUAAGAAAAGCAGGAGUCCAGAUAAUGUAGAGAGAGACUCAAAGAUACUGAGGAAAACGUGUCGUGGAAGGUCAAGAGUCUUUUUGUCCUUGCUUUUUUAAUUUGGCGUUAUUAGCCAUGAUAAGGAGCUGUAGUUUGACGACGGCAUGCUCUUGAUUCGUCAAAUGACCCAGAUAUGAUUGACGAGCUUCACCGUUCAUGCUCGAUUUACCGCAGGAGAGGAAGCCGCCCGUCAUAGACACGGUGGAUAUGCUCGGUGAGUGUAUUCUCUCUCCUCCCACUCUUUUGUUGACGCUUGUGUGUCACUUCUGAUCAGCUGCCGAUGCGACGCCGGAGGUGUGGCUGCCGGGGGGGGUCACACGCGCGGGUCAGAUAUGGAGGUUGAUGGAUGCGCGGUGCUUUUUGAUGAAUGAGCUCGUGUGACAUCACUGAGCUGUGAAGGUCCACGGGACGACCUCCCUCCUUCGGCAGAGGGAAUGAUGUAUGGACAGAGAUGGACGAGACCCCUGGGAGUCUUUUUACAACCAACUCUGCACCUGACCUUUGACCCUUUAGCCAAACAGAUGAUGGACUUCAUCACUGUGGACUCACCGUGCUCUGAAUUUACAGCCUGUGCUCUUAUAUGGAGCUGCGGGUCAAAACGUGCAGAACAGUUCUGUAUGUUUUACUUGAUUAUAAUUAAAGUAACCUUGAAUAACAGCUGACAGGGUCACAUGAUGGACUGGACACGCCCCCUAACCGGACCAAAGACCCCACCUCGUGUCAUAAACCGUCAGAUUUCAGAGGUUAAAUCUGAGUCUGGCUCCUCCGUCUGUUCGCUCUUUGAAAUCCUCUCUUCUUCGCUUCAUCCAGACACGUGUCCCACUUUCCUUUCCACUCCGACAUCUGCGGCUGUCUGCGCGAGCUUUUAUUAUUCAACACAGCGACAUGACACAAUCUGAGACGCUCUUCAUGAAAGCGUCGUGAGACGAGGAAACGAACACCGGCAGCAUACGGUCACUCCACGGCUGCCCUGAGGCCAUAAAUCAUGAAUCCACUGGAGUUAUUAUUUUAAACUCAUUCCCAGCCUCUGACCUCUUCUUGUCGUACACUUCUGCUAAUAUUUCCCCUUUUUUCUAACACCUCUCAGCCCUUGGCGUCUAAUUAAACUUGCAGAUUGGAUGUGGGGAUUGAAUUUGAAAGCUGGGGAAGAAUCAGCGUGCGGUGGCGACUCCACGGACGGGUCAGGUUUUUUUUUAAAUUUUCAUUUUUUUGCCGUCAGGGUCUGGCGAGUGUUGCGGCCCCACGAGGAGGGUAGUUAAUGUGGUUGUUCUCCUUAGAGGCAGAGGUCUGAGUGAAUUUGAUUUCCUUUAGUCAGGGUGACCUCCCCUCUUGAACCAGGCGCAGCUUGUUUGGGGACUGUGUGGAAAAGGCCGCACGCUGUGUUGUGUCUGCAGGCGAAAAACAGCCACAACACAAGCUCUCGUACCGUGAUUGAAAUUUUUUUUGGCGCACAAGGACACGAGCCCUGAAGGGAAAUGGCGUGAUGGAGCCUUGGCAAUGAGGAGGAAGAUGAGGAGACAGAAGGAGAGAGUAUCUCUGCGCCUGGGAUGAAGUUAAACUCUGACUCUUCCCCCUCUAAAAAUGACGGCGAUCGUUUUUAAAACCCUGAUAUUUUCCCUCUUCUUCGCUCUAUCCAAAAUCUCUCCGUCUCUCCUGUGAAACUGCGAUAGAAACGCAGUGAGUUUGGAUUCACCACCACUCGCUCCGCUCAGCUCUGCCAAUGAUCCUGAUGUUGUUGCCAAAUUUACGAGUUUGGCAGCUGCUGUGCAGAUUAUUGCUGGGCAUAAAAAAACAACUCAUGGGUGGCGCUCGAUAGCAGGGAGAGGGACGAUAUUCAUUUCCUUUAAGCGUCAGGUUUUUUGGAAACGAGAAGUCACAUGUGUUUGCAGCUUUUUUUGACAUUCAUAGACUUAAAAAAAGGUUUUCUUUAAUAUUCUGUCUGCUCCUCUGAAGAUAACUAAAACAAAAUUCAUCCUCAUAUCGUCCUGGUCACCGGGGAGUCUGCAGCAGCAUCCCAUUUCCUUCAUCCAUCACAAAUCCUCUGCUGGGCCUCUAAUGUGUCUUCACUGCUGCAGAGGAUGCUUCACUGACUUUACCUCCCCCCUACCUACCCGUCUUUUCUCUUUCUUCACCUGUUUCUGAGUCUAAAUCUGUUCACAAACACGAUGACAAACUGGGACAGCCAGCCUCCUUCUUGUGCUACAUUAAGUGUCGUGUUGUGUGCACGUCCCCGUGGUUUCACUUAGCUCUGAGAAGUUGAUGGUCACGUGUUGCUCAAGAGAAACUUUGUUCAAAACUCCAGUUUCCGUCUGCACAACUCUCAGGUUUCCUGUCUGUUGAAGCUUUUCCGAAUCUGGGCUAUAAAACAUCUUGAAAUGACACCUUCAUUUGUGAUCAAAGUUUGUUUUAACUGGGUCGUUUUCCCAGAGGAAGGAAUUAAACCACAUGGUAAACUAAAGUUUGUAGCAGCUCAGCUCGCAGCCCCUCCAAAGACAUCUGAAUUCAUAUGUAAACUUUUUAAAUCAGUGUUUUGACUGAUUUUGAGAACCAGGUUCAUUACAAGUUUAAGUACCUAAAAAGAAGCAAGCAGCAACUCAGCUCUCAGCCCCCACAGUCCCUCAAAGACCACUACGUUUUGCAGCCCCUGUAUCUAGAAGUUGGAAAGAGUAAAUUUACAGAGAGCCUAUUUUGUUGUUUGUUCAGUGUGUUAUAUUUUUGAGGUUUAAGGACAUAAAAAAAGUGAGCAGCAGCUCAGUCCACAGCCCUUCCGAAGACCGCUCAAUACAUAUGUCAACUUUUUAAAUCAGUAUUUUAAAUGGUUGUGUCUACCAGGUUCAUUUUGAGACCUGGUAAAGACUCUGUAAUCAGUAAACCUGGUUACCAGCUCAGCUUGCAGCCCCCUGUAUCUGAAAGUUGGCAAGAGUAAAUUUACAGAGAGCCUGUUCUAUUGUUUAUUCACAGUGUAAUAUUUUGGAGGUUUAAGUAUCUAUAGAGAAGCAACCAGCAGCUCGGUUCACAGACCCCUCCUGACAUCCAAAUGAGCCUGGUUUUUAAAGACCUGGUUUUAUAUGUAGGAGAAGACAAGGCCUUUGAUGAUAAUCUGGUUCCUGGUAAGAAAUUUGGUGAGGAUGAACAGAGUCAGUGCAGGAGCAGCUCAGCUCACAGCCCCUACAGCCCCUCCAAAGACCUCUGAAUUCUUUUGUAAACUUUUUAAAUCAGUAUUUUGACUGGUUGUGAGUACCAGGUUCAUUUUCAGACCUGGUAAAGACUCUGUAAGAGCAGCUCAGCUCACAGCCCACAGCUCUCCUAUCUCCAGUAAAUCCCUGUGAUAGUCCCGGUUAUUUUUUAGCUGGUUACACUGGCCAUGUCAAACCUUCAGAGGCCCCCUUUUCCUUCAUAUUUUCCACCUCAGACCCCGUUUGUCUUCACCUUAAUGGGACAGCUGAUUGUUUCCCUCCUUGUGAGCAUGUUUCCACAUAAUUUGAAUUAAUUGGAUUGUAAAUUGAUCCCACUUUGGAGCCCAAACCCUGGAAGCUGGAGUGCUGGCUGCAUACGACGGUUUAAUCUGAAUACUAAACGUUAUUAAAAGCCUCCCCUGCCUCGCCUGUGUAGGACACUGUGUACCUGGUAAUGAGAAAAAAGCCUCCAGGGCCUGUUGCAUUCAUUGUGCACUGGCAUGCUAUAAUUCAGUAAUUAAUUGCCUUAGUGCCUGGACGAGGCUGUAAUGGUUUGAAGAUAACCAAUGUGACUUCACAGGGCUGCUGAACUCUGUAAAGGUAAGCGUGAGGACAAACAGUCAUGUUUUCAUAAUGGACGACAAGAGAGUAUGCAUCCGAGCAUGUUCCUCAAAACCGCUUUUCAGUCAUUAGCGCUGGGGGAAACGUUGCCUCGACGUAACAAUAAAUAAUUAAGAGCAGGGAGAACUCAAAGGCUGCAGCCGAUCAUUAUUUUUCUAACCAAAGGAUGUUUUUAGGGCGAUUAAUAAUUAAUUCUGUCCAUAAAAUGUCAGACCGCCCAUGACAAGCUCCUCGCAGCCAAAAGUCACAUUUUUAAAUGUCUUAGCAUGUCCAUCAAAUCCUCCAGAAUCGGAUCAUUUACAUAAUAAAGUCAGAAAACACUGUCUUAUCAAAGCCAAUUAUAAAAGUCAGAGUUUAUUAUAACUGAUCGACAUGUUCCUGAAAAAUCGCCCAAAGAAGAAGGAGUAAUUAGUGACCAAACAAGAGUUGAUUUUCUGUCCAUCGAUCAGUCUAUUAGUCCUCAAACUGUUGACCUUUGACCCUUUUCAUUGACUCUAUCUACAUGUUGUUUAAUGGCCUAUAGCUCCUUAUAAAGAACUAUUGAACAACAAGAUUAAUGGACCGCUGCAGAGAGGAGAGAAGAGCCUUUCUCCAUCUGCCUCCUCCUCUCCCUGCUCUCCUCUCCUCACCAUUUCUCGUUACUAUAAAGAACGCUAAAGUCUUCUUUUUUUGCUUCCAAAACCAACUUUUAUUUAUUCAUUUUUUUAGAGAUGCACGGAUCCAUUUUUUUCCGAUCCAAUCCAAAACUGAUAUCUGGGCUGAGUGUAUCUGCCGAUAUCCGAUACGAUCUAAUACUACUGUUGAAUGAAUGGACUGUAUACCUUGCCCUGUGAGUAAAGACAUCAGGUUUGACAUUAGCCUUGUUGAAAAGAGGUAACAAAUUAAUUAAUCUUACCUCUUUUUGGGAAUGUUAGUAGAAUGGCUUCUGUCUGUCUUAGAGAUAUUUUUGGCUUGCUUCUAUUUUGCUGGGACUUGUUAUCUCUCUUUGUGGCAACAGAUACAAUUCUUACUUGCAGGGCUAAACGGUGACGGGUAACGUUCCGAAAGAAACUCUCGGCGGACACGUGUUUCUCGGCACAACACCGGCAGCGCCAGUGACUCACUCCAUGUGCAAAUCUGUAUAAUAUGAAUUAAAAUUAUUCAACUUUGGAAUUGGUAGAUUUCCGGUUUCUUGCACAGCCCUAGUUUGUACAACUUUAAAAAGAGUAAAACCUGAUCCACUGGUCCAUCCUUAAACUUCCCCUCCAUUAAAGAAUCAAGUUUUCAAGGUUUAUGUUCAUUUAAAGGACAAAGAAACCCAGUAGACUCUGUUUUAAAAGGACCAUAGACCUAAAUUUACUAGAUACGAAUAAUAUCUUUCCAUAUGUGAACACCAUCAACCUGUUCAAGGAGUAGAAAAGAUGGUUAACUCCAGAUAUAUCUCAUUUUAUCCCUCAGCCGGCAGAUUGAAAUCCCAUCCAGCAGCGUUUGUGUUUCACUAUUCUGCGCGCAGCACCUCUGCUUCCACCUCGCCUGCUCUGCUUACACAGCGGAGGCUCAGAGGAGCCGCAGACGCUCCUCACAAUGUAGAUGACAGGAUAAAAAGAGAAAGGAGAGACAGAGCGGGGGAGAAUGAAUGAGGAAAGUGGAGCGAGGAGGGAGAAGAAUGGAGGGAGCGAAAGAAAGAGAAGCUGAAAGGCCAGGGAGGGAGGAUAAGCCACGUCUCUCUUGUCUUGACAUUUCUCUCUGUCUCUCCCGGGAAUGAAAACCUCGAUAUAAAUGUUCCAAACUGGAGACGGAGCGGGACAGGAGGAGGAGGAGGAGGAGGCUUGUUUGAUGUGCAUUAGUUAUUACACGCAGCAGAGUCGGCCUAUAAUUCGGUUUCAGGUUGAUGUAAUUAAAGGUUCGGGCCUCAGCAGUUUUCUCAGGGCUAAUUUGUUUAGGAAGCGCUGAGUCCCCGCCGGCUGCUGGUGACGAUUACGCUACACUGACUCUGCUGCUGCUGCUGCUGCUGCUGAUGGUGUUCAUGGCAACAGGAGGCCCACAGGUGCACAUAUUGGUUUCUUUGUCGAGUUAGCCGCUGUCUCCACAGGCUGGAUUUACUGAGGGCUUUGCUCCAGGUGCUGAAGAGGAAGUUCACCUGAGAUGGCGCCAAGAAAAAGCCGAUACUUAGCCUCAUUAAAGAGACAUCCACUCCCAUCUCACAGAGAAAUCAAACCGAGCGACCAAACCCAGGAGGUUCCAGGAGUCAAAGGAAGUUUAUUUUUAGGUAUAUUUUAUAUCUGAGUCUGAGAAAUGUCGCAGGUGUGAUGAGACAAACGAUCCCCGCACUUUAAAAUGCAAAUCUGAUGAUAAUGCUCGAGAGUACCUGUUGGCGGAAAUUCAAAUCCACUCUUUAAAGGAGCACUAGAGAGAGUUUAAUAAGAAAAUACAGCCGGUUUAUCUGCCUCUCAGCGCCGCGGUGGUCUUAUUCAUUUCCACUAACUGAGUCAACAUGGAUCUCCCCCAAAUCAAAUUCUGGCGAACACAUCCUCGCUCGCAGGAAGGAUGAAUUGGAUUUACGGAGCUGUGAGAAAGAUGUCCUUCCAGAGAAAGCUGGAUUUGUGUUCCCUCUGCGCUUCCUGGGGCGUUUUUCCUCUCGGUUUAAAGACUCAAGAGGGACAAAGACGAGCGUGUGCUGCGUUUGCUUUUACCUGAAGUCACCUUGCAGGAUUUCAAAUCCUGAUUUCCCCUUCUUUAACAGUCACCUAUUUGUCUUUAUAAAAGGGAAAGCAAUCUUCAUAAAGCCGUUGAGUGAAUCUGGGAUUAUAACCAGACUAUUUCUCAAGCUUUGGGGCAUUUUGAUUAUUCCUGAAAAAGCUUAUUUUUCCAAGGUGCCCUCUGAAGCCGCUGCUCUUACUCGCCGUAAUCGACCCACUUUGCAGCGUGAAGUCGGCAGUUCUGCAGCGUCACUCUGCAGGUUUCUGGGACUGCUUUUCUCCACGAGGUGUUUGAUGAAAAGGAAGGGCUUUAUCUGCAUCCAGAGGCCUGACCUCGGCGGGUUAGGGACCCAUCCUGCCGCUCUGCUCCCCCUCAGACAGCUGAUGGUAAUCUGUCCACUCCUCGGGUGGUACGAGCUGGCUGUCAGAUCAAACAAACCCUCCCUGCUUCCCCCCAAAAAAUAAAUAAUAUUUCCAGCUUUGUCGCCAAAAGAACGCAGGUGGAAACAGCGGUUAGCCGAGGACAGGUGGAGUUUUCAUUUAGCACGCUGCAGGUCACAGAAUCAGAGAGUGACAUGGAGAGUUUUUGCUGUUUUUUUUGGCUGCACUCGUCUUCUUUAGUGUCUCAGGCAGGAUUUUCUGGGAUUGCUUCUGAGGAUGUCCGCACUUGGCCUUGAAAUGAGUGUUUGCAUCUCCUGCGGCUGUAUUUACUUAAUUCCAGACUAGACAGGCUUUUCAUGUAUAAUUAUACCCAUUUGAUCAAACUAAAUCCAAAACGAGGACUGCAGAGAGGAAGAGACGGUCCGGGUCUUAACGAACAGAGAUGGAUUUUUGUAGAUUUGUUGGUUUUCAGCCACAGAGAAAUAGUGUUUGAGUAUGAAAAGCAGGAUAAAUCCACUAUUAGACCAUCAGUUUGUUUGGUCUGAAAGACAUAUGCACCCCAUCCCUCCAGAGACUGACGUUAUCACAGCUUUGCGUCAGAGCAUUUCCCUCUUUUUGGCCCAGACGAACUUUCGCAAGAGUUCUGCAUGCCAAGGGAAAAAAAAGGAGGUCUUUGCUGCUGCUCUCCCCGCCUCAGCCUUUAGCAUUUCAUGUCAGCGCGAAGAAGUGCAGGGAGAUCUCAGAGUAGAGCCAGAAAAGCAUCAUUAACCUCCUUUUUGUACUUCAUCCUUUCGCUCUAAGAGCAAAUUUAUCCUGUUUUUUACUUUAAAGUACAUUUUUAGGACGUUCUGUUUUAUCACAGGGUCGUUUUUAUUCUCCUUUCGACUUCUGAUCCACACAGAAAAAGAUUUACAAAUGGAUUUUCAAAGCCAAUGUUCAGACAGCUCUAAGUGGAGACAUUUGCGGAUUCAACAAGUGUUUCCAAGGUCCGGACAAAGCUUUCAUCUUUGACAAUAAAUGAUGAUUUCUCUGCUUUACUCAAGGUUUCAGGGAAAUUUUCCAUUUUCCAUUCUUCCUGCUUUGAUCAGACAUGAGCGCUCGAACAAAGCGGCUUUUGUGGCGGUGAAGUUUAGACAGAGAGAGGGCAGAGCUCCUGGAUGGAGCCGGUAAUCCUGAGAGAAAGGCGGAGACUAAAGGUCGGCGUUAAAACUUAUUCGUGUCUGUGCUGCAGAUAAAAUCAAACCUUCAUGAAUCCAGACUUCAUCUGUCGUAUGUUCUUAUUUUCUCUGGAUGUUUUUGGGUGUUAUUCAGGCGCCGAGGUUGGUUUUGGGUUCUCAGGUGUGAGCAGUGAGGGAAGCUCAGGGAUGGAUGCAAAGGCGGAGGGAGAUUACAGACGGUGAAAUAGAUUAUCAGAUUAUCUGCAGCCAACAGAGUUCAUGACAUACACAGCAAGUACAACCUCCUUUUAAUGGAGCGCUCACAUCAAGUGCGUGUAAAAUCAUCUACUCGCUUAAAUGAAUAGUAUUUACUCGCUUCGUUUGUGCGUCAGUGGUAAUCCCUGCCAAUGGGAUCAAUAGAUAGACAAAGUUUUUUACAAUUUACCAGGUAAUCCGAUCUCUUCACUCACGUUCCUCCAGGUGAGCUCCUUUUUAUUUCAAUAUCGGUAAUUGAAAGAAAAGGUAUCAUAUAAUUCGGGACACCACCACACCGACACGAUCAGUUUGUCCUCCAUUUUAGAUGAACAACCAUUUGUUUUUAUAUGUUACCUGGCAACCUUCAUGCUGAUGAGUUAUCGUGAUGCGAUUAUCUGCUCAGGUCGAGACAUUUUCAGCUCAUGCUCAAUUUGCGUCAUUUGCGCCGCCAGAGUAGUACGAGCGUCUAAUCGCGUCUUUGCUUUGACUUAACGUGUAAUUCAGUUGAGAUAGUUACAGGUGUCUCACUGGUGACUUUGCACACCAUCAUUCGGGGGUUUAUCUCUCUAUUGUACAUACCUCCUCACUUUAUUAUCAAAGUCUGACUCUGACUCUCCUGUCGAGCCCACCUCUCCUAUUUUGUCUUACAAGUCCAAAAAAAGCAGCUGCAGGAUUGUUCGGUCUGGGAGUCAGGAUGCACUCCCCGCUGAUGGACCUGUCUCUUUGUAAAGGUUGAUAGAUGUCACUCUCUCAGGUGUCUCAUAUCUCACUGGAGCUGCUGCUGCUGGUCUUUCUCUGCCUCGGGGUUUUUCUGCUGUCAGCUUGUCUGUUGUUGCGGUGAUUGAAACGUGCCGACGCCGCCGCCGCCGGACCGAAGACACACGAUGCUGCGCGUCUGAUUUAUGACCUCUGAAGCGCACUCACCCGUCCUCUCUCCCUCUGCUUCUAUUUGAGGGGUCCUAGAUGUCCGUCCACGGGGGAGUCGGUGCAUUUCACUCGAUUUUAACCCUGCGACGGUGCAUUUUUCCCCUCAGCGCUCGAGGCUGUUCUGCUUCUCUUGCUGAGUUUGCAUUGUGCUCUUCAUUGACUGUGCUCCGGGUCCUUGUUCCCUCUCAUUGACUGCUGCUCUGAGUUUUUUUUUCCACCAUCAUCUCCUCGGAUGUCACCAUCAUUGAUUAACUCUGCGGGCCUCAUCAGAGCUUGUUAUCCCGUCAAUUUGCCCACCAACUGCUCCAGUCAUUAACAUUUAGGGUUACCGUGCAAAAUACUCCACCAGGUGUUACCGCAGCUCAUUUCGCUCGUCGGCGUCUGUGCACACCUGCGCUGCUGUCAGAGGACAGAGUGUGAUGUGUAAAUGUGAUGGAAAGAUGCAGCGAAACCAAAACACUGUGAGAGGUUUGUUUACCUGCAAACCAAACGGCUUUAUAGUCAGUCAGUCUUUCUUUUUUUGAGGCUUUGCAGAAAAAUAUCCACGAGGACUGAAGUGAAACAGUUUUUAUCAGCUUUCUAUAAAGAGAAAAGUGAAAUUCAUCCUGUACAAAGGAGCUGAAAAACUGCUUUAAGUCUAAAAAUGUAGGAUAUGUCAAGAUACCGAACAAAUAUAAGACUUUUUCUCUUUAAAAUAGAUCCUUUAUGAAGAGUUUGGUUCUUUAAAGGGUUGAUCUGGUAGCUCUUGACAUGAUAUUGUUUUGUUUUCAAGAUCAGCUGUAGAAAAAGAACAAAACAAUGUAAAGACUUAAAAUAAAAUCCACUCACUCUGUGAGACCGGCGGCUUUCAGGGUACGAACCAAAAGUGAGACGGAGCAGAUCCAAACCUUCAAAAACCAAAGUGAUCUUUGAGUGAAUUUUAGGGAAAGAGUCUUAUUUAUGUUGUUUAGGUCUGUUGACCAAUCAGAGGCUGUAUCCACGAUCAGCAAGGCCUGUGAAGGUCCGAUCACAAGAUGUCUGGUUUCAGCAGAGCAGUAGGGGUGUUGAAGAAUAUUCUACAUUUGAAUAUAUACUUGAGUAUUUUAUAAAAAUGGCGGAAUAUUCAGACUCCAACGAACUUUAGAAGCUCCGUUUGGAAAUUCUUCAGAUUUUAGGCAGACACUGAAAAAAUGCUCAGGGAGAUAAAGUUAUAUGCAAGCUGUUUAAGCUAGGUGUAGCUAUAUGUAGGUGACUUUUAAAAAUCUGUACAGUGAAGAUCUGGAUCAAUGAGCAGGAUCAAUAAACUCUUAUCAACCCUGAUUUCAGUGUAAACAGUUAUUCUGCGUUCAGUUUCGUAGCAACGAAACACAGAGACAGAUUCUCUCUGUCUGUGUCUAAACCUACCUGGACAUAAACCCGAUCCUGAUCCUGAUGUCUCUUUCUUUAGAGUCACAACAUGCAAAUGAGCAAACCUUUGAAUUGAUCAGUUUUAACGCAGAUAAAAAUGCAGAAAAGAAGAAACAGGAUGUUGAUGUUAAAUAAAUAAAUCUCGCUUUAAGAGCUUUAAGCGGACUCCUCGGUUUAAUGUGAGAGUCUCGCAGCUUUGCCGCCGUCUUAAACACUCUGAUGUGUUGAUUGCUGUUUGGUCUGUAAUGAGAUUUGCUCUGACAGCUCCUGUAAUGAAUUCAUCUGACACAAUAGCUCUGUGUCAGAGUGUGGAGGUGGAAGUGCUGGAUUAAGCUCGCUCUAUUUGCAUAAUAUCAACAUUGUUUUCUAACCUCUGCAGAUGGAGGACAGCGUGUUGGGGUUUAGAUGUUUCUUUAAUGUCGUGGACCGCCACAAUAAAAGCCCUCAGUGUCAGCUGCAGGUCUGACGGCUGUGUGCAAACAGAUUGCUUUCUUUUCUUUUUUUCCUUCCUGCAGCUUUUCAAGCGUCAGGAUCAGCGCAGAAAGAGAGCAUUGUGAAGCCGAACCAAUUUCAUUAGGAGGGAGGUUGAAAGCAUGUGCAGGAGGCCGUCAGGGAUCUCUGCUUGAACACAGGUAGCCUCUCACAUGUUGGGCCUCAGGAGGCGCUGCUGAAGGUCAGGCGUGUGUGCUGAGUGUGUGUACAGUGUGUGUGUUUUCUGUUUGACAUUUGUCUGGUUCUGAUUCUGCUGCAGGGCUCUUAUCUGAGGCAGUGUGUGUGUGUGUGUGUGUGUGUGUGUGUGUGUGUGUGUGUGUGUGUGUGUGUGUGUGUGUGUGUGUGGAGGUUCAAAGCAGCAGAUGAUGCUACAGGAGAGAGCAGGAGAUGUAGAGGGAGGUAAUCAGGGGUUUGUUGGUGAUGGUAUCUGAUUGAAGUCUGUGCAGGCUGAAGGGCUUCAUGUGGAAACAAAGACACUCGCAGCAGCAGAGUCACACACACACACACACACACACACACGCACACACACACACACACACACACACGCACACUCCCACAAAUCCUCUUUGUACUGAACACUACUGUCGUAAAUAUCGAAGUUUCUGCAGGUUCGCUUUUAUUUUUCAACCCUUUUAGGUGCAAAAAUAUUUGAUUGCACAAAACAAAAAAGCACACAACGAGUCUCCUGUAUUUAUGCUGCGUUCCAGUUACCUCGGAAGUCGUAUGUUGGAGCUGGGAAUUAUGCUACACCUGAGUUGACGGCGUUCCAGUAAAAAAUUCGGAAAACCAAGAGAGACGCCUACUGUUAGCUGUUGUUUACAAUUGUCAGCUGUUGUUAGCUAUACCAGUCGUAAACAACGCAUAACACAGUAUUUUCCUCUUACAAACACCACAGCACUGUGUUCACAGUUAGACGUUGGACAGUACAACAUAAUCCACUUAUUUAAUUUCACUAAAACAAAACAGAAGUGCUAAUAAUAAUAUAAUAAUAACGAGAGCUUUCACUGUUACUCUUUACUGUUGGUACACUGUGCUGCCAUCUUGGAUAAUAACGUCAUCGUCAACUCAGGGUUGGCGAGGAUCGUUCAACUUUCCAAUUCGGAAAUCUGUCUUCAGGGGGGCGUUCCAGAUGAAUAUCCGACUCUGAGCUUGGAAAUCCCGACUUCCGAGAACAACUGGACCGCGGCAUUAAAUCAACAUACUGAUGCAAAAUCUCACCAAAAAUUAAACUUGAUGGUUUGCAAAUCCUUUAAACUACAUUUAAUCAUAAAUAGUGCUAAAACAACAAGUCAAAUUCUGAUUCUGAACAUGUUUGGGGCCCAAAGAGACCAGUUUCUGGAGUUUUUUAAAAGUCUGUCCGACGGUUCAGGGUCUCUUUUGUCGUGUUUUCAAUGCCAAAUGUCUCCAAAAGAAGUCAAGUCAGGACUGCAUCAGAGCAGUUUAAAUGCAGGACUCUUCUACUACAGAGCCAUGCUGUUGUAAUCCCUGUUGUCAGAAUGUGGUUUCUCAUAGUCUUGCUGAAGUAUGAAGGUCUUCCUCGUCUUGAUGGCAGCAGAUGUUGCUUCUAAACUUGUAUAAAUCACACUGCAGUAAAACUCUCGCCAUGGACAUGUAGAUGGUGGCUUGCAUUUCUGGAUUAGGUUAAAAUGAAGUUUGCUUCUGCUCGGUACAGGCUUUUUGUCUUUACUGGAGAGGACAGGACUGGAGACAGAGAAGGACAACAGAGGGAAGGAGAGGACUGUGAUAUUAAUGGAAGACGCUACAGGCUGGAAACGAACCUCGACCAGAAGCUUUAGGCUUAACCUAAACCUAUUCAUGGAAUAAAUAAUUUGGUGAUUUCUACUGCAAAGUUUUAUUGUGCCAUACCUAUUAGCUUGAGCCCAUGGGCUUUUUGUCCCUGUUUGCACACUGUAGUUAAGUCCCUGCAGCAUCCUCCUGCUUCCUAACACCCCAGUACUUUUGAAUGUCAUUUUUUUUAACAUAUCUUACAGUCUGAAUGUUAAAGCGAAACCAUGGCGCCUCUAAAUGUCUAUAAUUGAAGAGAACCUGCAGUCAGAUUGGACCGUGGAGUCGUGUCGAAUCGACGGUAGACGCUCAGCCUCAGAUGACCUUUGGGUGCUCUCAGGUUGGCGCUUUGAUUCCCUGACAACCUGGAUUUAAUGAACAACACCUGACUCUGCGGCCACACACACACACACACACACACACAUCGACAGACACUGUACAGCUUUAAUCCUGACAAAUUGCCUCCGUGGGUCCUGUAGUGUCCCUUUCUAAAGCCCUUUAUCUGCUGUGUCUGCCCAUUCAGCUGCAAACACAAGCUCCCAGAUUCAUCCUCCAAUCUAUAUCCUCCCUGCAGGCCCAUUAUCUUAAGUGAGUGUCGAUAGGACGCUCAGAGUUGCUUUCUUUUUCUUCCUCAUGUACGAAUGAUCUCUGCGAGUCAUUACAAUGCGGCACUAUGCAUGCGCAUGACUCUUAACCCCGCUCCUGUAAGUGCUGAUGAAUAACCAGCCUCAGUAAUCUGCUGCUGAUUUCCUCAUGUGUGAACGUGCGUGUAAGCGUGUGCGCGUGUGUGCGUCUUUGAUGUCGCCGCCUCUGUUGUCAUCUCUCAUGUUUUUACAGCGAUCACAGAGUCCCGCUCAGCUGUCACAGCACCAACGCCACUGCGCUUUUAAAGAGCGUGAGCGUGCCAGCUCCGGGAUCAGCAUGUGGGGAAAUCAAAGAGUGUUUAUUUGGCAAAACGCGGGGACAUUUGUGGAGGAAGGUUUUUCUACAAAUCUGUCAUAGGUGGUGCAAAAAUGUGAGAAUAAUGAAGCCAAGGUUCAUCCAGAGCGAGUUGAAAGUUGUUUAUAAAGUCUGCAGACAUCACAGAGGACUCGCUUUGUUUGUCUUUUAGAGAGCCGAGCUUUAAUUAACCGAUCUGUCGCCGUGUUUUUGGUUUCGUUUGUGCAGAAACUCAUGAAACAUACUGAGGGAAUAAUCAGGCGUUUACAGCUACAGCUCUGUUUUCACAUGAAAUGGGAAAAAGAGUUGAUUUCUGGUGUUUGCUACAAAACUACGACACAAAAUAAGAAUUAAACUGCUUCUACAUUUAACUCUCGUUAUUUUUAAAGGUUAAGUUCAGCAAAUGCAGCCUGGGUUUAAAGUCCAGGUUGGUUGGAGAUUGCGACUGAUUAUUGAUCUCGGCUGAAUGAGGAUGUUUUUCACUUACGGUUUAUUUUCUUGCAUCACUCCAUCUCACUUAAUGUCCCGCCCACAACACAAUCUGAUUGGCUAGAUGUCAAAGGACCAUGUAACUUGAACGCAGCUCCUGUCGAUUCUGACUUUGUUCUAAAUUUUGGCACAUAUUGGCUCCAAAUAUCACUGAUCAGUCUCGUAAACGACCAAUAAAACUCGUGAUUGUGAUCGACACGAGAAACCACAUUUCACUCGACUCCUCGUCUGAUUACUGUUUCCAUGAGGAACUCUGUUUUACAUCUACAGAGGCUUGAACUGUUGGCUGCUUAACUUGCUCAACACUGCCCCCGUUAUUCCUGGUGGAACUGCAACAUUCCUACCAAACACCCAACGUCAUUUAGACGUCUUUUUUCAGGCUAAAUCACGUCGGCCUGUCAUGACCGUAAAUUAACCCAAAAAAAGACGUUGAAAACUGGGCUUUAUCUCGACGGUCCGAAUCUAGACGUUGUUUAGACGUACGGUGAAGACGUCUUUUCAACCACUUCUUGCUGGGUUGGUUUGAUCUGUAUUAAUAAGGUUUUGAAAAACCGGCAGAAAUCCAGGGACUGGAUUUUUUGUACCGCUAGCUGGUUUGUUGUAUAAAAAGUGCGCCAUCAAGAUAAGCGUUUGUUGAAGUGGUCGUUAACAAGAGUAACUCAUCUCCACCAUCCCAGAAGAUCUUCAUCGUCAGAUUUUGUAACGAUGCACAUCCAAAAAAAACUUGCAGAAGUCUGAAUCAAGUGCAGGAAUGGAUGCAAAUAUCAAAAAAUGCCACAAUGAGCCAAAAAAAAAAAGCUGCAAGUUUAGACAUGAUGACAUUUGAUUAUUGUCAGGAGAAGGAGAGGAAGACGAGGGAGUCUUCAUCUGUGACUGAUGUUUCUGAUUUUCAGUCAGUUUUUCCUCCUCCAGCUGUCAGGAGAGUCACUCUGAGGUUACUCCUGUAGAAGAAAUGUAAAUCAGGACCUGUAGUCUCAGUAUGUGGUCUGUCCUAAUGGAUCUGUCUCAGUCUGCGGGAGGAGGACCUGACCCGUGACUCGACAGCGACAUGCCAAUCACAGUAUCGACCCGUUUGUGUUUUUUCGUCUCCAGCCGGGGGCGUCCACGCUGACAUCGGUCCCAGUGAAAUAUUCCUCUCCUUGGCUGAGCGUCAAACGUGUCCUCACCCUCAGAGCUGUCUGUCUCACUAAAAGAGAUGAGCAGAGGGGGAGGAGGAGGAGGAGGAGGAAGAGUGUGAAAAUAGCCGAUGAAAGACUUCACGGCCAUUUCGCAAUCAGGAGCGGAGGAGCAGGUGUGCUGUUAGCCUGAAAAACCUCACUUUGCUCUUCAGUUUACAGGAGGAACACUAAAUCCUGCUGCUUACUUUCCUUUAAUUCACUGUCUCCAUUAUUAAAACUGCACUUUAGUCCUUCAAUCGCUCCAUUUAACGUCCUUUUAAUGAGAAUUUUACAACCAGAGCAGCUUCUUUCUCCUCUGAAGGACUCUACAGCUGUUACCAAUGAUUUCUUCUAUCUCUGUGCGCGGCUGUCGUCCUUGUUUUUAGGGUUUAAUUUGCACUAAAGAAAAAAACCAAAAGGGAUUAAACAGUGUUAGUGGGUUUGUACUUUAAAUGGAUUUAGGGCUCUUUUAAAAACUUGUGAAAAAAGGAUUAUUUGAAAAACUCCAAAGACAUGAAACUGGAGCAAACAGUGUAGACACAAUUUAAUUUUGAGUUUUAUAACUUUAUACAACCUCUGAUUGAUAAAUAAAUCAGCACAGAUUAUUUUUCUUUCGAAGGAUUGGAUCAGACGGUCCACUGAUCGCCUUUGUGGGAUAAAAAAGUUCCUGGAUGUUGCAGAAACACACUUUUGGUUCACGCUCUGGAAGCUGCCGGUCUCACAGAGUGAGUGGAUUUCAUUCUCUUCGACCGCUCACACCAAGCGCAAAAAAAAUCAUCCACUCACUUAAUUCGCACGGAUCUAAACAUGUGAAUGAACAGUAUUUACUAGGGCCCGACCGAUAUGGAUAUUUUGAGGCCGAUGCAGAUACCGAUUAUUAGGGAGGAAAAAAUGCAGAUUACCGAUUAAUCGGCCGAUUUUUUAAAAUAUUUUAUGAAGUUUAAAAUUUUGAUAAUUUAAGUAAUAUAUCUACAUAUUUACUUCUUUUUUUUUUAACAAAUGGCUGCUUUUGAGCCUUUCAAACACUUCUCAGUAACAUUAAACUCAGUAAUAUUCCACGUAUUUAUCGUGAAUCAAAGUUGGACAACAAAAGCAUUUUAGAAACCAGUGAAGAACCGUCUGUUUUCAUACAUCACCUAGCGACAUUAGUGCUGAUUGGUUAUUGCGAUGCAAAUAUCCUCUGAAGUUGAGACAUAUUCAGCUCCCGUCCAAUGGAUGUCAUUCGCGCUGCCAGAGUAGUACGAGCGUCUAAUUGCAUCUUUGCAUUGACUGAAUUCAUUUGUGCGAAUGAUUUUACUCACACUCGGUAUGUGGAGACAGCAAGUUCCAACAUCAAUAAUGUUAAUAAUGCAAAGGCAACAUUUCCAAAGUACAUAAACAUAAAAUUUUUGCAUCUAGUUAUUAUUUUUCCUUUAAUCAAGCAUGGGGGGCAUAUUCAGGAAAACUUUUAUAUCGAUGAGGAGGAAAAUCACAGAGAUGCAAAAACUAGAUGUGUAACAUUUAGCAGUUAUGUUUACAGAGAUGAUAAAAGUUUAAAAAAGUCACUUUUUUAUGACAAAAUCCUUAAAUGUGAAGAAUUGAUGCUGUUCCACUCAGCUUUCGACUGAAUUCUUUCCCCAUAAACCAAAUUGAAUUAUGAACUGACGUUAACAGCCUCAUAAAAGCUCCUUUACGACCUCAGAUGGAGCGUCUAUUGUUCACCUUGGACGUAUUAAUCACCCAUUGUGCUCGUCCGGUGUGCAGAGGUAGAGAGAAAGAGCUUACGUCCUCCUAAUACGGCUGAUCUCAGAUCUGAUAGUAAGCCAGUUAACUGUCUCUGUGGAUCCCUGUCACUGAUGCAGGAUGCUGCACAUUUCCAAAGGUGUGAUUCCUCUGCUCGCUAUCGCCUGGCAACAGCAUCAGCUUUGUGGCGGUGCUUGAACCUCCUCGAGUCUUUUUAUAUUUCUGUGUUUAAUUAGCAUCUCCAGACUUAAUUGCAUUAGAUGGGAGAAAGCUGUUACACGGGUUCGGUGUGGUUUCAACAUGAUCCGAGUUAAUGUGGGAGGAUCAGUCCAAGAGGAAAUUAACCUGCUGCUGCUGAAUUAUGACUUUUUGUGGAGAGGAAUUAUGAAUGCAUGAAUUUAAAAGCUUCAUUUGAAUAAAACCAGCAGAGUAUUAUUCUGAUAAUUGAGAGCUGUAUUUAUUAAUAUGAAAUCUGACUCUUAUACCUUCAUUUUAUCCGUCUGUUGUAUCACAUCCUGAGGCUCUUUUUCAAAGUUCAGAUAUUCAGAUCAGGUCAUGCUGUUUGAAGCUGAUGGUAUGUGAUGUCCAGGUUUUUAUUCUUUAGCACUGACUUGAGCAGAGGAACAUUUACGUUUUCUGAGCUGCACAAAGAAAGAAAACCAUCUGUGUCUUAAAUUCUUCAAAUUCCUCUCAGACGAGUCGGUUCAGGUCUGCCUCCGGCCUCCUUCAGCUGUGGGAUGUGUCCACAGUGGUUGUUAACAUGUUUCCUGUUGUUUUCCUUCCACAGACACGGACACCGCUGUCCUGAACAGACCGAGCCUGACUGAGUUUGCUUUGAUCCGGGUGAGUUACAUUCAGAUUUUCUUACUUGAGUUACUUUAAACUGGCGUUUCUCUGCAGUAUUUGCUGAUCAGUUAAUUUGAUAGUUAGUAGAAUAAAAAAUGUAAAGUUUCUAGUAAGUAGUUUUUAAAGACUUUGGGAUCUCGACCUGUUGCUUUCUGUGCAGAUGAUAGGGGUGGGAGAAAAAAUCGAUAAUUUUUCGCAAUUUUUUGUUUUACAAUUUUUUUAAUUGAUUUUUUUUGUCCAAAAAUCACUUUUUAAUUCAGAUUUAAGAAUAAAUCUUAAAAACUGACUUACAUGUGAUGUGUAUUUUUGGGGAAAUAUGGCUCCUGGAGUAGUCAGAAGACAAUCAUGAUCAUUCGACUGUUUCACUUAAAAAUGCAGACUAAAAAUUGACAAUAUCAUAGAGUCGCAAUUUAAAUCCAAUUGUCAUCCAAAAAAUCAUAGAAGAAUCACAUCGGGGGGGAAAGCGUAUCGUCCCAGCCCCAGCAGAUAAUUCAAUUUUUAUCGCCAAACUCCUCAAUCUUCUCGAUGUUUCUGAUCUUGUGAAUCUAAGACUUUAUACCAAGUUAAAUUUUAAAAAAUCUUUGCUCUAGUUUUGAAUUUAGCCACUUUAAAACUAUUUAUUUACUGCACAUGAAACAUAUUUCUCCUGUAAAGCGGUUUAGUGCUGCAAUAAAUGCUUGUGCAACUAUUUUAACCAAUAGAAAAUCUCCUCACACAGAGAAAAUCUGACUUUGAGUAAAAUUGAGUUGUCAGGAAGUGUUAAAAGACUCCAAAACAGACAGUUCAUUAAAAACCUCUUCCUUUAGGCGGCUUAUCCAUGUUUACCUCAGGCUUGUUUCUGAUUCUCCUCGCCUGACAUCUUAGUUUGCCUCCUGAAAUUGUUUGUUUAUGUGUGUUGAAGAGUGUGUGUGCGAGGGGGAGAUUGCUUUGUGAAGCUGACGUUGUCGCCUGACUCUUUUAUUCGGGAUUGCCCGUAAUUAAGUUGUCAAAGUGUCAUCUGAAGACGCAGAGGUGUUAACGGUGACGGGGUGACACCAAACAGUUGGAGGGCACGUCUAAAAAUGAACCUCUCACUCUUUUCUCCUCCGGUCCUUUUUUCCCGGAGAAGCUGCGAGCGAAGUCGUGACAAAACAGUCCCUGUGUGUGACAACGCGUGUCUCCGAGCUACAUCCAAAACCUCCCGCCUGUGGUUCAAGCUGAGUGGGAGCGUCUCUGAGUGUUCGCUCGAGGCGUAGCUGUGAGUGGAGGUGAAGGUUGAACAGAGGAUGGUGCAUGUGCUGAAUGUGUAAUCGUCUGUUUUGGAGCAUCUGGUGGAGUGUUUUGUACCGCUUUUCCCUGAAUGUUUACCCGCUGAGCUUCUUCAAACUCGAGCUGAAUCCUCUUCUGACUCGUCUUAGUGUUUCCACGAUACAAAUCAGCAUUCAUGCGCUCAAACUCUCCCGCUGCGCCGCUCGUCAAUGCGAGGUCAGGGUGCGUUCUCUACCUGCUGCGUCGGAUACUCAAGCAGCUGCAGAAAGAUACACAUGACUGAAACCUGUCUUUUCACUGAGAGUGGUUUUUAUUUACCUCCUUCAAUCAGACUUCAAACGCUCAAACUCUCACGCCUAAAAAUGACGUUUAAAAUCAGGUUUUUCAGAGGUGACACGUCUGCAGAAACAGAACCUGGAGGCCUGUCCUUAGCAGUCAAUUUUAUCACCCUCUCUCUCAGCGAACUCUCUUAUUUAAUAAGUGAGUCGCUCUGCAGAGAGAGAUACUCCGUUUUAAGGAAUGGGACCUGAAAUGAUUUCUGGCGUGAGGAGGAAAAAGCACAUUACUGCCUCCAGUUAAAGUUGUGACUCAUCUAAAGACCGCUUUCACUUCUCCUCGUUGUUUUGCGAUCUGUGCAGCUGCAAACGGACACAAACUGUCGACACCUCUACCGCCGGUUUUUAAAUAGUCUUCAUUUCCAUAGUUUGCAGAUUAGCGUAAUUAAAAGUGUCAGUGCUGUUUGAAGUUUUGGGGCCGAGCUGCCGUGUUUCUACUUUAUCUCAGGUCUCCAGGAUCUUCCUUUGAAUCAGUAGAUGCAGAUCAGGCCUCCGGCGGCAGAAAUCACAGCGUUCACCUCUUUCAUCUGCUGUAAAAAUCGUACAUUUUCUCCGUGCGGAGACGCCUUUCAUCAAAGAGCGGAGGGGGGGGACGGUGAUUUGUUUUGCUGAUGAGAGUUUUUGCACUCUGUGUGACCUCGCCCAGGAUUGAUGGGCUAAUGUGCGAGCAACAGCAAUAAAUCCCUCACAUGCAUGCAGGUAUGUGAGUCUGCACGCAUAAACUACUCUUAUAAUUAUUUAUCUUAACUUGGAAAACAUCCAGGCUUUGCAUAAUUGGACCCAGUAUGUCUGAUGCUGCAUAUUGCUUUUACCACUUUCAUCUAAAUGCCUCAUAGUUGAUUAGAAAGGCCGUAAAUGCAGCGUUUGACCAUUGCUUUAGUUUUGAAGGGCAUGAUUUUAUAUUCAGACCUGCAAAGAAAAUCUCAAAUGCAUUCUUCGUUCUGUAUAUUCAAUCUUUAUCCUCCAAUUUUCAUGAAGGAGCUUCAUAAACAAAUCAAAAGCUGACGGAUGUGAUUUGAAUCUUUAUGGGAUUGGUGUUUGAAUUAUAGAUGCGACAGACUUGCAUAGGAUUAAAGGCAAACUCUUUUCUCAGAUAAUCCCUUUAGCUGUAUAUUCGUACGGGUUCUUGAAAUUAGUUUUUUAUUCUGAUGCGUCCUAAAUCAAUAUUUUAGCAUUUUCAUCUCGCUGAACCUUUUUUGUGACUCUGGAUUUUGCUGCAGAGGAUUUUUAACUCUUUCACUGUUGAUAUCAGACAAAAAAACUAAAGAUACCAAAGAUAAGUGGCACCCCUGAACAACAUGUAUGGAUGCAGGGAAAGGAUUGGUUGGUGUUUCUCUAUUUUAUUAUGUUAUAUAUCAGCCAUCAGCUGACCUGCUCAUUAUUAGUGUCUGUAUUUCUUGUUCAAAAGCUGAUAUCAGUUGAACGCUCAUAUUAAAGUUGAACUGUGUGCCCUCGCAGUCUCUCACAAAAGUGCAAACCUCUUUCAGACUCGGCCUCCUUUGUGUCUGUUUUAUAUGCACUUCUGUUGCAAACUAGCUGAAAUAGAUUAGGAUGUCUGCAAGAAUGCUCUGAAAGCAUACUACAUGAAAUCAUUCACUUGUAAUGCAGAACUUUGGCGCCAUCUUCAGGGUAAAAUAAGUAACGUUUGGGUUGGUAUAUUGGUUGGCCCAGAGAGUUCAAUGCAGCUCACUUUUUAAAGAUAAAAAGUAUGAAAAGUGCAACUUACAGAGCAAAUUUGAUAGCUUUAUGCUGCGUUCGAGUUACCCCCGAAGUCAGAUGUCGGAGUUAAAAAUGACGUCACACCCGAGAUAGCUGCACAAGUUGGAAAAAAAAACUUAAUCGGUGGCGUAAACAAGAUGGCUACAUUUACGAAAAAUAUUUUUAUGCUUGCAUUGUGCUUGUUAUAUUUGGACAAGGCAAGCGCUAAAAUAACUUUCGUAGAUGUAGCCAUCUUGUUUCUGCCUCUGACUUUGCUUUUUUCCGACUUGCACAGCUAACUCGGGUGUGACGUAAUUUUCAGCUCCGACAUCUGACUUCGGAGGUAACUCAAACGCAGCAAUAUACCUUGAAUUUGCAGGAAAACAUGUACACGAAGCAUCUGGACACAUUAAUGAAAAUUCAGAAAUGUAGGACCGAGUUUGAACGUCUGAAAACAUUCCAACUAUGAGUAACUUUUGAGGUGUUUUUUACAGUUUAACAGAUUUAUCAGAAACUGUUACUACUUUUAGUAUUUUUGAUGUUUUAGUAACUUGAUUAUCUACAGAACUUGAACUAUGAAGUACUCUCUGAGGGUCAGCCUCCUAAUACCACCUUAAACAUAUUCAAUGAUAUGGUCUAAAUAAGGUCUGUAGGUACAGGAAGUUUCUUAUGUGUGUAAGCGAACACUCUGACCGGACAGGAAAUUCAAUCAGCGCCACCUUUCUUUUCUAUUUCCCCUCGUGGAUUUGCUGUUAAGUCAGGAAAAGGUCUCCUCUAGUCAAAUAUUGGCUUUAGCGAAUGAAACCAAGUACCUGGAGAGCUGUACUGGAUGAACACCGCCAUCCUCCGCUCACCUCUUCUUCUCAGGUUUGGACGGCGUCCCAGCGGUGCAGGCGUUUGUGUCACGCUCGGAUGGGUGUGUGUGUGGGGUCGAACUCAUCCUGCAGCCCCGCCAGCUCUGACGCUCGCAGGCUCCUCGGGCUGAAAAUUGCCAUAAUGUGUCCUGCAGUGGUCGGCUGCACAGGCCUGUAUCAGGGGCUCCAUCUGUGCUGGGAACACACAAACACACACACUUAUACACACAAAUAUACACAAAAACAAUGCAUCAUUUGUCAGACUCUGCAGAGCUGAAUAUACAAGCAAACUCAAUUACAACAACAUACAGAAAAUAACACUCAGUUUUUUCAGACACCAUCACUGACUUUUUACAUUUGCAAAUAUCCUUCUUGUGGAUUUGCACAUAUUUUAACUCGACCUGUACAUGUGUUUAAAGGGAUAUUCCGGCGUAAAAUUAAGUAAGGGUCAAACAGACGCUAACACCGAGUAAGACACCCCCUCCAGAGAUGAAUGUUGCCGACUGCUUGCUUCUCUAGUUAUACCAACUUUAGUGACGACCGCAGGAUAGCAGAACAGAGAGCUACGCGCUCAACCAAAACACCACUCUAUAGCCACAAAUAAUGCUCAGAACAGCACCUAACUUCAUCAGCAGGACAUAUAGGGUCACAGUCAUAGUACUAGACACCAAACAUCUUUUUAACUUUGACUAAUUUCUUUAGCAAAGAGACUAAACACAACUCACCUACUCUCUUCCAGCAGCCGCUUGUUUGUACGGAGACCUCUGGGCGAGUCCAUCGACUGCAGCUGGGUGCCGCAUCUCAAGGAAGAACAUUUAUGAUCAUUUCUUUAUCAUUUCCUUGAAGUAAUAAUGAUCAUAUUUAUCAUUUGUACUGCAGACAUGGUAGUUCUUUUGCCUAACAUCUCGGUCUGAUUGUAUUUCCAUGCGAUGUCUAACUCAGUGUUACAGUGUUACCUCCUUUUUCGCUGGAAUAUCCCUUUAAUAAGAGCUGGUUUAUAAUGAAGCCCUCGCAGGGACUGGGACUGUUACAGAACGUACCAAAGGGAGUGUCACACCGAUUAAACUUAUUAUUUUUUAAAUCCACUUCACCCAAAAUAACGUAAAUCUGCAUCUGAAAAGUUUCUUUUUCUCUUUCAAGAAGCACAUGUCCACACUUCCUUAUAUGGUAGUUAUUGGCCUUUUACUUCCUGAAUAAAACUCUGUUUCUUUAAGGCUUAAAAGAAUUUAAAAGUAGUCGAUAGUUCAUAAAGCGUCUUUUUCAAUGUCUCUUACAAACAUGACAAAACAGACAUGACUCUGUAGUGGAAGUCACUGCAUGGUCUCAAAAUCACCUCCAAAAUUUAUCGUCUGUCCCUGCAUCCACUGAUGAAAAACCACAAUCAUAUCUUUACACCAUAACCUCCCAUUAAAUCCUAAAUGUCUGUCCUGAACCCAGACUGAACUUGACCCUGAAACCAGACUUCAUCCAAACAGCCUAUUUAAAGAAAUGAGGAUCAGCACAUCGACACAUAUAUAUCCAUACUUUACAGAACAACCUCAGUCAAGGACAAACGGCUCCCUGCCCUCCUCGCCUGAGCAGUUACCAUUAAACGUAUAUGAAAAAUGAGCUGCAGUUUAAGUUAAUUGAUGAGUCCAGGAUUGGCUCGCACUCACAGGAAGGAGCUGCUGUGCCCUUUAGUCUCAGGCUGCAGAGCCUCCAAAUGUGCUCUGGCUCUGGUGUUGAAUCCCGUCCAGAUAUUUGAUGUGUGGGUGAAGAAGUAAGAACACCAACUAAUAUGCAAAUGCUGGCUCAGCACAGUGCCCGCGGAUCAAACUACGAGGAGAGACAAUAGAUGAGACAUGUUUGUUUGUGCUGGAACAUUACUGCUGCCGUAAAUAUCCCACAUCAGGAGUCACAUAGUUUUGUUCCAACGUUCGCUUUAAUUCGCUGAUGGACAAAGAAAAGACAGAAGAAAGAUAAUGAGAUUAAUUUCAUACCCUCUAUUACAGAAGUGACAUGCAAUUAGCUUAAUACCAACACAUGCAACACCUCCAUCACGGCGCAACACAUUUAUCUGCCAUCUAAAGUAAAUGAAUGUGGGGAGGAUAAUGGAGUUCAUUAGAAUAUUGAACCCACAAACAGUCGGAUAGAUCUUCAUAUGCGCUUUUUAAUCCGGUUAUGUUUGACGCAUUCAAAAGCAUUAACAGCGGACAAUGCACCAUCCUUCAUAAUAUUCUGGACUUCACUUGAAAUAACAGUGAAAGAUAUGAGAAUUUCUGUCACCUACAACUGUUACCUUAUUAAUAUCCAAUUAAACAGAUAAAUAUCAAACUCAUAUCCAAUCCAGUUGUGUCCCAAAGUAUCAAAAAUGGAAUUGAGAGGUUAGGGUUUGGCAAAACUGAGCCCUGUUUUUUUGCAGGGCUGCUCCUUUACAGCCAAAUCUUAUACUGACUAUUUUGAUCGAAGGAAAAGUCUCUAGAUGUUUCAGAAACACUCUGACUUCAUUGUCAGAAAGCUGCCGGUCUCACGGAGCGAGUGGAUUUUACAGAAAGAUAGCGUGUCGCUUGUCGAAUUUGUAGAGCUGCUAUUCUCAACACAACAGUUAUUAUGUUGCACAUGACAGUAGUUUGGACCAAUCCUGUUCUUGCCUUUGAGCCACAAUUCCUUCCUUGACUCCUUGUUUGUCAUUUCCGUUGACUGCCUCUCAUCGUUGCGUCGCAUCUGGUCACGUCAUUUCAUCAUUUGGUCAUUUGGUCAUUUCGUCACAUCAACCGUCUCAUCCUUACUGUAGUUUGCACAUGUAAAUAAUAAGAACAGUUACAUCACAUUGUCCCUUUAGUGACAUUUCACUUCCUCUCAUGAGCUCAUGUUUGCAGAUGAACUGGUUUUCCUCAGACAGAGUGUGUGUCAGAUUGUGUGUUUCCAUGUGUGUGUGAUUGUCCCUUUGUCUGUGGCGGUUAUUUUUAACGUCUGUCUGCGAGGACGGGUGAACCCGGGCCUUAGCUGAUUUUACAUGGAUGUCCCUGGGGAGUGUGUGUGUGUGUGUUACUGUUUUGUCCUCUUGGUGUGUGUGUAUUUUCUGUUUGGUAACUCUCAGAGGACCCCGGGCUUGUUGGGUGCCAACACUGGGUCAGUCUGUAUCAUUACUUAAUCAUAUGUCCUUCCCUGAACCCGGGAUGACUCUACAUAACCACUCUGGUAGAUUUAUGAAGAGUCAUGCAUCGACAGAAACAGAUCAGACUCAAUAAUACUCAAAAUUUCCUUCAAAUGAUCCUUUUCUAUUGUUUAGAUACGGCUCAUUUUUAAGAGAUACCAUUUAAAUCAGACCGUCUCUGGAUAACAACAUCCAAACCUGUCCCUGGACCUUCUUUCUGUGGAGGUGUGGCUAAAAAAAUGGGUCACUUUUAUGCAGGUUGGCCUGGUUACAGCUGGGCCGAACAGAUAAAUCACGUUGUUAAGCUGCAGCCGAGGUUGCUCCUCCAGUUGUUGUUUCCUGACCUUCCAGCGUUUUCUUCCGAUUCAGAGAAAAAUGAAACAGCUUGACAUCGUUUUAUUGUUCUGUCAAACAAUCACGAGUGAGCAUCAUGUCCUCCGAUAGAAGACGUUUAACCGAACACUGAUAAUCUCUGGAUGACACCCUCAAGUUUAACACUUGGAAGCAGGUGGUUUUUGGACACCUGGGCCCCAUAUUCUUUGUAUUUUUGGGGCUUUAAAAAUUCAGAAACAGCUUCAGCCAGCUGUUGUGAGAUUGCUCCAAUUACUAAAAGUGCUCGUAUUCGUCAUUGAUUUGCUGUUAUUCGCUCAAUCCCUGAUGUUUUUAUGUUCAAUAGCAUCAAAAAGUGCUGGCGCUUUGUUUAAAAGAACGCCAAUAUAUUUUCAACCAACGCAGAGAGGAAAUGACAGGAGCGAGGAUGAUGCAGGAAAAAAACAGGUUAUUUUCUGGUUGUUUUACUCCAGCUGUGCUAUGAAGAAUCAACGAACAAUGACAAAAACCAGCAACUUAAAAGCUCUGAACAUGCAAACUCAUGCAGAACACAAACUCUCAUUUUUAAGAGUCCAGGUUCAGCUGGAUUUACAUAAUAAAUCAAUUUUUGAACAUGACUGGCAAGAUCAGACUGUGGAGGAAGCAGCAAGAACAACUGGACAAGUUGAAGCUCAUUGGUUGAGCUGUCAGCUGGUAUAGACCGGUGUUAUAAUACUAUUGAUAUCGGUCCGAUAUUAGCCAAAAAACAAAUAUCGGAUUAUAUUAGCCUGCAUCUAAAAUCUCUGAUAUCAGCGCUGUGAUACAAGCAGUCCAUUCCAGACUCCACUCUGGCACCUCCAUCUAGCAGCACCCAGAUCCAGCAUGUUGAGCCCACAUGAUCACAACAACAGUGUGUACUGAGGUACUGACAACGUAGCAGGGAGUAAGAGUGUUUAAGUCUGAAAAAGAAAUUGCAACUGAGUGCAAAACUCGUCAUGUACAAUUUUGGGCCAAUAUCAGAUCAGUAUUGGUAUCAGUCAAUAUUGAAGGCUACAAUAUUGGUUUCAUACUGGAAGUCAAAAAGUUGUAUCGGGAUUCUCCUAUAUAAUACUAAAGACUAUAUAUAGAAUGGACAGCACCCUCUGGUGGUGAGCUGCAGUAUAGGUCAUAAAUCCCUCCCAACAAUUCCUAUGGAGCUGUGGACAAACUUUAGAAAUGAAUUACACAUAAUACACAUUUUUCUCCCCCCUGCUUGUGAUGUUGACAUGUAGUUAUUGUCAGACUGGUUUGUGCUCAAGUCCUCUUUUUUCUGUACAGCUCUGUUUUCAAAAGUUAUUAGAGGGUUCAUGUUUUCUAUGAUUGACACCCGAUACAGCCUAUGGGCGUAUGAAGAUUGCGUAGCUCACCCGGGGGAUACGCUCUUUGUUUAUCACAAUGACUCUUGGCAGCUCUUCCACCGAAUGUGCACAAUAAAAUGAAGAGAGGCGGAGCCAAGUUGUUCAUAGUGAAUACAUGUAUACAUGUAUAAUAUCCAUCAGAAAUAUUAUAUCUAGGCCUCAGAUAGGGCUGAGGGAAAAACUGACAAUUUACCAGUACCGAAAUUUACGAAAGUAACCAACCUCAUUUUGCUCAUAUCGGUAUAUUCGGUGUCAAAUAAAUAAAUAAAUAAAUCAAAGUUGGUUUUGGAUGUGUGUAGGUAGGCUAUGGUCUCAUGUCUCUUUAAGACGCUGUCCUACGUCAGAGAUGUGACUCCACCCCAUCCAGUCCGUAACAAAGAGGGAAAGACAGGUGAGGAGAUGGAGGACGGUUCAAGAGUUGUAGCGGCCGAAGUAGACGAAGUUAAUGUGGGAGGGGGUGAGCAGUUUGUGGAGUAGUUAUCGUCCAUUUUUUGUCACCAAGGUGAACUGAUCAAUAUAUCAUGAUAUUGAUUUGAGGCCAUAUCGCCCAGCCCUUGCCUCAGACCUUAACUUCAGAAAGUGUUACUGACACUACGUCCUGGUCUUUGACAGUAUUUGGUUUGUUUAACUGGAUAACUAAAGUGAGGCUGGAUUUGAUAAAUCUCAGAAUAAACCCGUCAAACCCUUUGGAAACGACUCUCCAUGCGUUGGAUAUUGCUGCCUUAUGCGGUUUGGUAAUUGCACCGGCUAAUAUUGAUGCUUCUUCAUUUUUAUCGUAUUAAUCCUGCAGGUUCAUUCUGGUCCUUGACAUGUAGAAAAUGAGUAUAAUGGUCGAUGUGGACAGGGGAGGACUCAGAGAGAAAUAACCCGGUGUAAAAUAUGAGGAAUUGAUGUAAAGUAGGAGAGGAAAAGCUCUGAGUCAGGAGGGAGAGGGAGAGAAGCUGCGUGUAUGGGAAUAUUGAGCCACAAAGCAUUUAUGUCAGAUCAAAGCUAAUCCUUAUCUUUGGGAGAAGGAUUCAGUAAAACCCAGAGCUGUCUCGCUCCCUCAAGGGCAGGUUUCUUUCUCUGCUCCUGUCUUCCUGUGCUCAUAUCCCUCUCUCCUCUCUUCUCUAUGAAACUGUCAGGGUUCCUCUCUGCGUUUCCUCGACUUUGACUCGGUGGCGGUGUGGAGAAACUAGGUCAGCUUAGAGAGCAGAGCAGAGGAGGCGGGAGGAGAGUGCGGGGUCUGGCCUCGGGACCUGACAGUCAAGAGGGAGGGAGUGUUUUACCCCGAGGGAAGGGCAUGUGAAGCUGCUGAGGGCAGGGGAAGGUUGGCGGCACUUAUGGUACGAUUUGACUGAUGAGGAUUCAGUCAGGUUCUGUCGGAGACUUCAACCAUCUGUCCCUUAGACUCUGCUUUCAGGUCACUUAACAUGUUACCUUGACGGGCCUUUUGUUUACUUCUGAGAGGUGUUGGGUGGUAUGAAUGGCUCAAAAAUAACCAUACUGACGCAUUUUUUCAUUUUCCUUUUUAUUUAAACCCUGCCAAGCUUUUUUAUAUGAGAGGAGCUGCUGCAACUUUAGUUUUUGGUGCAGCGGGUGUGUUACGAAUCGUUUGGCUCUAAUAAUGGAGCUUGGCGUGUUUUAUCUUUAGAUGGUGGAAGAGGUUGCUGGUGUUUCCACCUCCAGCAACGACAGCCACACGACACUCUUGACAUAGUGUUGUUUUUGAUCGUUGUCGAAUUUUCUAAAUCCAAAGAAUCUCCAGACAACCGAUGUCACGACUUGCGCCCUUUUUCAGGAUGAGUUCCUCCUCCUCUUCCUCGUGUUCGGUGGGUCGGGAUGCCUCCGUUUGCUCGGUACUGCCACUAAUCUCCACAUCCGCCAUGUCCACCACCAGUGAAGCGUUUUUUCUUCGUUGAAACUAUGACAAGCAGUCUGCUGGACAUGCUGGUAAAUAUAGGGAAAAGCACCCAAACCAAUGCAUUCUGGUUUUCCUGGUAGCGAGCGCAGACAACAGUGACUCAGAGAGAGGUGGCAGACAUCUGCUCUCUCUCUCUGGUGUAAACGGUAGAGCAAAAUGUCUACCGGUCAACACUGUCCCUUAGACUCUGCUUUCAGGUCACUUAACAUGCUACCUUGACGGGCCUUUUCUUUACUUCUGAGAGGUGUUGGGUGGUAUGAAUGGCUCAAAAAUAACCACAGAAGGGUCCUGGAUAUACAAGACCCUCGUCUGAGAGUCAUACAUAAUGAGAGGGCGCUGUUAGGGCUCAUAACUCAUAAAGAAGCUGCAUGAUCAGAAGAUUUUCGUGCACAUGGCGCAUUGAUAUCAUGACAAAACUAAAUAUCGUAGGUUUGAGAGGCAGGAUGCAGGAACAGCGCUGUCCAUGGUGCUGAAACCACAUCUCCUACUCUACGCCAAUCUUUUCAGAUCAGGAGCAUCUUAGUUCAGACACAGACUCAUCUCACAAUAUCUUAAGAGUAUAACAAUGGGAAAUAGGACCGCUCAAAAGCACAGCUCACCAUGUUCAAACCCAGGUGCUGAGGAGGAGGAGGAGGCUAGUGGUCAAGGAAAGGAGUCAGCUUAGUGACUUCAUAGCGAUGGUACACUCCAAAGAAAAAUGUCUGGAUAAAACAACUGACCUUGUAAAAUAACCCUUCGGUGUGUUGUGGGUGUGUCUUCGUCCUUGCCUUGCUGUAGAUAAGCGGCAGAUCAAUCCAUCAUGUUUUCAUAAGGAUUCAGCCGUGAUAAGCUUUAUCACUUUGAUAAAGUGAUCAGAUUUCAAACCUCAUCUUGCUGAAGUUAUCACCACCUGAGGAUGAACCUGAUCCUCCUCUCUCCUCCAGAUGAACCGAACUAAAGGGGCUCCAGCCUGAAUAAACGGCUCGGAGGCUGCCCGGCGUGAGCACACUCUUAUCUGUCAUUGCCGCAUCUGUCUCCCCACAGGGCGCCAUGAGCACUUUAAUUGCCUGAGAUCUUGUUUUUGAUAAAGGACCGAGAUGUAUGGUGUUGCGGGGCAAUCAGUGGUCACCUUUCCCUGUUGUUAUCACCUCUUUUCUCUCCGUCUCUCCAUCCUCUAUCGGUCUCACCCUUAUUGUCUACCCACGUAUCCCCCAGAGGGUGAAAGGGAGAGAAAAUCCAGCCGUCGCUGGUCCUCAGCACUUUUCACACUUGACAAUUUGGGCGAAGAAAAUAUAAUAAAAAAUCAGCAGGGCCCUGUUUGGUAUUCAUUGUUUCCUCUGUGCUAUUUUGACAGGGUUUAAUCAUCUGUAAGAGCCGACCAUCACUGCUUCCGCAUGGAUUAACACGGUAGAAGUGAUUAUGCAAGAGGAGUAGGAGGAGGAAGAAAUUGUUUAUGGAGUCUGAGGCCCGAAGGAGACGGUUAAACGUACUUAACACAGAUACCGAGGCAAAGGGUCUCAUAAAGUUGCCACAACUGCAGGCUGCAGAAAUGUAGGCUGAGUGCGGUGCAUAACAAUGACUCUCAUUAGGUCAUCUGGUAUGAAUUAUUCAUCUCAAUUUGAUGCAUUGUUUGACAAAUGCUUAUCCAGAAAUCAGGGCUGAACUUUGGCUUCAAACAGUAAAAACAUUCGUCUGUGAUGCAAAUCGGGAAUUCUUCUCAUUUCUCUGGAAUAGUUUAAAACAAAAGAGGCUGUGAAGAUUAGAAGCAUUCAACCACACAAGUCCACUCAUGUGUAUUAAUAUGUUCAGAAACACACGUCUUUACCAUCAUGCAUGUCACGAAAUAAUUAUGUUUGAAAAAUAUGACAUGAAUUUGGACUGGCAUCAAAUCGGAGGUCUUUUAGAUUUAAUAUCCCGCUUCCUUGUCAGCGACUGAUGGAGGUCCACAUAAAUAAUACAUACAAUAAAAUCUGGAACACAAGUGGAAUACGAGACAAAGCUUUUGAGGUUUGAAAAAAAACUGUUUCCUUUAGAUAUUCAUUAUUAAAAACAUGUCUACAAGUUAUUCCAACAUGUUCACAUACAGAUACGGGAAUAGUCUUUUGGAAUUAUUACUUGUGUAACUUGGAGAUGGUCGGUUUUUAAAGAGCAUUGGCAGCAGUCUAGUUAACAAGCACUUUGAGGUUUCCACUAUAUCCGUCAUUUAUCAUAAACAGGAAACUGGGAGUCACACGAACCUUUAUCUUAGUGGGAAAUUGAAGUCAAAAAGGAAAUGGCCACUUAUGGGCGCCAUUCAAACUGAAUUCAAGGACAAAAGCAAAGGGCUAUCUAGUUGCUCUGCUUGUAACCUAGCAACCCAGCAUGUCCUAAAGGUACCAUUAUGGUUCGGAGCCGCAACAACUAAUCCCUGUUUUUAUUGCAUUCUGCAAAAUUAACAAUGUAAAGUUUUCGUGCAGCUGUGUAGUUCGAGUUUGGGUGAGAUAGUUGAGCUGUUCACGGAGCAGGAAGUGUUCGCAUUGGCGGUCAUAGUGGUGCAUGUCCAAAAGUGAAGCUUUAGCCAUAUUAUGACACCAUGUUGGUUGGUUCACCACAGUGUUGUUUUCGUUGACAAUGACGUUGACGAAAAUAUUUCGUCAACGCCCUUUUUUUUCUACGACGAAGACUUGACGUUGACGAGCUAAACAUAAGUCUUAGAUGACUAAAAUGUGAUGAGAGGAAUGUGCGUUUACGUUGACAAGACAAGACGAAAACGUUAGCGGUUCAUGAGCAUUUUGUCAGUCAUACGCUAAACAUAUAUUCUGCCGUGUUGUUUUCGUUGACGAUGAUGUUGAUGAAAUAUUUUCGUCACCAUCAAUGAAAACAACACUGGUUCACCAUGAUGCAACUGAAAACCUCUCUCUGCAUUUGAACUGGCAUAUUGGUUGAACUGUAAUAUGAGAUGCAGCGAGUUUAGUUUGGUUUAAUCAGCUGGUAUUUGUGUCUAGAAGUCUUUCUUUCUUUGACUUAGUUUCUGCUUGUGGGACUACAAUAUUUGGAUCUGGUUCUGAAGUCUAGCUUGGUUUCAUAUAAACACCAAAUCUAAAAGGCCACACUGGAAGCUCAAACUCAAAAGUAGACAUUUAGUCAUGCUUAUUAGUUCCUCUGAUUGGUAACCUUGUAUCAUUGAAAACCUGAGCUAUAUAUCUGUAAAUAUGCAGGAAGUGGCGAAUGUUGUCGGUGGGAUAUGCAGGGAAAUAGUCACCCUGUACGACAAUAUUUUUUGGGUUUUGGAAAGGUUUUUGUGGUCCGUUAAAGACAACUUAUUGACAUCAGAUGUGCUCACACUUAACCUAAUUUCUUACAGCUAUUUUACUGUUGCCUCCAUCGUCUCAUUAGUGUUUCUCUUCUGUUUUUAGAUGGUCGACCAUGUGGCCACCACAUUCCUGUGACAUAACCGAAGAUUCGUGGACUUAGGUUGACUGAGAACUGGACCAUUCGAGCUUUUUUUGGACCUCUCUUCUCUCAAGAAACGUCUGUUUUCUGUAAGUGAAUACAAGAGGACAACUUACCGAUCAUUUUAAAAAUGGAGACUCUUUCCCAGGAUUCAAUUCUGGAGUGCCAGAUCUGCUUUAACUACUACAGUCCUCGUCGGCGGCCCAAGCUCUUGGACUGCAGACACACAUGCUGCUCGGUGUGUUUGACCCAGAUGCGCAGCAGCCAGAAGGAGAUUCGUUGUCCCUGGUGCCGCGGCGUCACAAAGCUCCCGCCGGGCCUGUCUGUCUCCCAACUCCCCGAUGAUCCGGACAUCAUCACUGUCAUCGCCAUUCCGCACGCCUCGGAGCACACACCCGUCUUCAUCCGACUCCCCAGCAAUGGUUGCUACAUGCUGCCGCUGCCAAUCGCCAAAGAGAGGGCGCUGGGUCUGCCGGGGGAGCUUGGAUGUCGCUUUCUGCCUGGCAGCCAGCAGAAGGGGGUGACAGUGGUGACAAUGCCCGAGCAGCAGCCUCUGGGUCUGGGUAUGGGUCUGGAGGGCAUGGGGGUGGGUCUGGAUGGAGCCGAGAACGAACGGAGAGUUAGUCACCCAGUGGGAGCUGGAGGGAAGGGCUCCACGUGGUCCGGCGUGUGCACAGUGAUACUCGUGGCGUGUGUGCUGCUUUUCCUCCUGGGUAUUGUGUUGCACAACAUGUCCUGCAUCUCCAAACGCUUUACUGUCAUUUCUUGCGGCUGAGGAUGGGGAGCAGGCCGCACAGACUGCCACGGACCCCCCCUGGACCUCGCCAAAAAGCCCUGCCUCUCCUCAAGGUGGGACUCUACUGAGGAGAGAGGACUUAACUCACACUGUGAGGAAACAACAGAGCGCUGUAGUGAGAACAGAUAAGGAACAGGGCAGGGCGGAGGUCCACUAAAGUCUGCCUUUGUGUCCUACUUUUUAUUUUUGGGACUCAAAUUAAAACGGAAAUAGAGUUUGGAAACUUUACUUCAGUCUCCCACCUUCUCCGUGUCCUUCGAUUUUCUUUGAAGAAACUUUGGGAAAUAUCCAGAAAUGUUUUUGGCUGGCUGAUUCGGACGCUCACUCACACUCACAGCCUUUUGGAUUGCCUGUUUAGUCCGUGGUUGGUAGAAGUACAUCAGUUAUCGUAGCUUCGUUUAGCCGGGUGUCUGUCGGUGUCUCCAGCUGGUGCAGCACUACAAAGAGUUUGGACUUGGCUGCUCCCUGUUCUCUGAUGCUGCAGGAAUUAACUGUGCAGGAUCCACGUCUGGCCUCGUUUGCAUCAUCUGGGAAACUUAAAACCAACACAGUUUUAAUUUUUUUUCUUUCCUUAACGCAGCCUGUUCCCGUUCAGAACAAAUUUUUCUGAUGAUGGCUCCAUGUUGUGAACAGAUGUGUCAAAAAAAAGAGACAAAAGGUGGCUUGUGUUGUUCAUCCGUGCUGGCAUAGAGGCCAAAACUCAACAUCGAAGUAGAACUCAGGUGCUUGUUUGAAAAUUGAGAAGAGCACUGAAAUAAUAAAAAGCAGAGAGAUCGGUCAUAGAGCAAAAAAGACGAACUUUUUUCAUUUUCAGCCAGUUCAGCCCGAGCGUUUCUGUUUUUCCUCUGUUACGCAUCAUUGUACAUUCACAUUAUCUGUGCCCUAACUGCCACAAAUAACUACGUUUUCUUAACUAAAUCAUCUAUGACUCAUCAAAUAAGUUAGAUAUACCAGUAUCUAAAAUUAUCACUUUUUUCGGCACUUUUUGGGAAUAUUUGUUGUUCGAUGCUCGCCGAUAUUUUGCUGAAAAUGAUGAACUAAUAUCUAAAACUUGGUGACAUUAAAACAUAAAAGAAGUAACCAAUAUUUCUGAAUCAUAUUUACAUUUCUCUCCAACAGUUAGAAGAACCAGUCUUGGCGGAUGCUAACUUAGCUAGCAUGUAAGCAGGGGGGGAAAUGCUAGCCUUUCUUUCUAGUACGUGGGACAUGUCAGUCAAAAAAGAUCUAUUUUCAUCCAAAAUGAUCACUGUUGGUGCCAAAUUUGAAUAUAGAGAUGCUUGUUUGUGUAAACUAUCAUAAAAACUAAGAACUUAAACAGUUCAGUAUUUAGAGCGUAAAACCAACAAGUCUAAAAGACAAAGUUCGUAAAAAUACAGUAACUGGCGAACCUUUGAAUAGUUGGAGCCGCUGUAGUAUUAAUGAUUACGUUUCAGAUCUGAAGCAAACAGAGAUUCACACAGCAAAGUUAGCUAGCAUAAGAUUGAAGUGGGAAUAAGUUAGCGAGCCCCAUUUCCUCCAGCGACAUUUUUUUUUGUGGGAUGGUAAGGGAAGGUCCCGCCCUCCUUCGCCUCUGAUUGGCUGUAAGUGCUAAACUCCGAUUGGUUAUUCCUUAUGAAUGUGAAACGUUAUCGUCUGUCGGGUUAGGGUUAGGAGAUUCAGAAGUGCGAUAAUGUUCUGUAAUGUUCUGUUCAAUGUACAGAGCCGACAGCCGACUGUUUGGCUUGAGCGUGCGAUGACGUUUCCAGCCAAUCAGAGGGGAAGGAGGCGGGACUUUCCCUAACCAUCCAACAAAAAAAAAUACAGCUUUCCUCCGCCAAAGACUUUCUCCGUAUUAGCAUCUCUAAAGCCCUCUUAUUGAUAUGUUAAAUUUAUUCAGAUUGAUCUCAACUCAAAUGAAAAUGUAACGUUGUGCUACAUGCUAGGAGCUCCAUGCUACGCUAGUUCAGUCACAUAAUUACCAAUAAAACUCAAACUUUUUGAUUGGAUUUUAAAAAGCAUGUGUAGCUCUGCUUGUAUACAUAAAACACAUAAAAUUAGCGAGGCUAGCUGACUCUCCCUGCUUCCAGUCUUGACGCUAAGCUCUUGCUCUGCUGGAAGACUCGUCUCUCCGUUUUUGGAGGAAGCAUAAACGCCACCGUUUCAGACUUAAUUUGAAUGAAAAAGGUUGAAAAUGUUAAAUUCAAGUAAAUCUCUUGCUUUUGCUUCACCCCUUUGUUUUUAAUCAAUGCUCUCCUUGCUUCCUUCAAUCGAUUGGCUCAGUAUCUGAACCUCCUUGUUCCUGACCCUCAGACCACCAUUGUCCUCUAAAUAAACCUCUCCAGCUUUACCCCGCGGCACACACUUUAUCGACCCUCGUCCAGCCUGGUGGCUCUGGGCUCAACAGUGCGGCGGUGUGUGUUUUAUGUGUGUGUGAGUAAUGGGUCAGGAGUGGGUCAGGAGUAGGCGGGGUCCCUGUUCAUGACGACUGUAUCAAUUAAUCUGCUUUUAAAUAUCUCUCACGGUCCACACAGAUGGAUGUUUCUCUUAUUUUCACUUUUCUAUGUGGAGGCAGAGCAUCCGUCUGUUCACUGUAUCGUUGACGCACUGGAGUGUACAGCACACACAAACAGGGUGAACUCUUUUGUACAGCCGUCUCCUCGUGUACAGGAUGAUUGUAAUUUUCUCGUCUUUUCUGAUGGUUUUUGUUGUUUACAUGUUUUAUUUUGGUGGUAAAGAAGUCUGGCUUGAGAUUACAGUGGGUGAAACAUGUUCAGUACACUUGGAGUGGGCAUGACACACCGGUGGAUUGGUACUGCUUCAGUACUUCAUAUAUAAAAAGGAAUAUACCGUACCAUGUGUUAUACAGCGUUUAAAUAUAUAUUCAUUCAUUUUACAGCCUUGAACCAAAGUAUACAGCUUCUGUAGUUUGCAUAACCUCUCAGCAUUAUUCACUGCUUAUUUGUUUUCAACAGGAAUAUUUUGGAACCUGGAAAUAAAGUAAAUAAAAACACGAGUCAGACCCAGAACACCCUGGAGAGGAACAUUGUGUUUUAAGAGAAUUCAACGAUUUGAUUUGCAAAUUCAGUGAAAGAGCAGACUGAAGUUCAGCUGAACCGCUCCAUGAGGGACCAGCUGGCUGCUGUUUGCAGCUCCUCCAGUUGCCAUGAGACCGAACGAAGGCGUGAUCUCCUCUCGGUAAAAGUUUGAAUCUUGUUUUUGGCUCCGGGUACUCGGAGAUCUUUGGCCUUUGGAUAAUAAAAACUUGCAAAUUUCUCAGCACUGGAGGUCAAAGUUGGCUCUGUAGCAGUCACAACUUUCAGCUCUACUUUUUACAGUCCACAUUUAUGUUAUUUUAACUGACUGGGUUGCCAGUUUAGAUGAACUGUCUAUUGUGGAAAAAUAGGUUAAAAAUAGUGUGACUGGGUUGCCAGGUUUGGCCCACUAUCUAGUUUAACUGGCAACCCAAUCACCAUAUUGAAACCCAACUUGAAUGGCAGAGUGAAUGGGUUGCCAGAUUAGGUCAAAGGCCUGGUAAAAAUGAAUCUAACUGGGUUGCCAGUUGGAGCCCAUUUUCAAGUCCCCCUUUUCCCCCACAAAGGACAGGAUCUUAACUGGCAACCCAAUCACAUUCAUUUUAACCCACUAAAUAAUGAAAGGGUGAUUGCUGUUAUUUGGUUGCCAGUUCAAAUUCACCAACUAAAAUAACCAAAUUUUCAUGAUAGAUAGGGUCUGAACUGGCAACCCUUUUACUCUGAUGUUGAACCAUUUUAUAUCACUAUAGAGUCACAGGGUUGCCAGUUAAGUCAAACUGAGUGAGGAUGAAUAGAUUGACUGAAACCAGCUCUAACAUGCUCUUCAUGUGUUUUUCCACAUACUCAUGAUUAAUGACCACGUCUCUAUGCUUUUGAUUCUGCCGAUCCAUCAUAAACAAGGGACUGUACGUGAUUUAAUAAGGGUUUUGGUCAUUAUCCCGCCUUUAAAGUGUCUGUUGAAUGCUGAUUUAUUGGAUUAUUGAUCUGAAGGCGGUGAAAUCCCAGCGUUAUUUGGAAGCAAACACUGUCAAAUGUUGCCAUGCAUAAAACCGAGAAUAAGCAGAUGUAGACCAGACAUUUUUAUUCUUCUACUUCCCUGCUAAAUUAAAUAUUAACAAAUGAAAGUUGCCAAUUGAUCUUGAUUGAAGAGCGCUUUCACCGCCCUGUUCAGCGUUUUUCCACAGAGACUUAUAGAGAGACGACAGUAGAAGCGUAGAGAGGAGGUUUGUCAUGUUUGUGCCUGUGUGUUUGUAAAAAUGCCGUGAAGUUCCUGUUGUAGUUUCCUGUUUGUGUCAGGUCGACGGCGGCGGCUGAUGAUGCGAGCAGCUGCUGUUUCUUUUUUUUUUCUUUUCUUUUUUUUUUUUGUGAAAUAAUAAAGAAAAUGCUCUGAAUUCCAA